GUCAGACGGAGCGGGGGGGAGGCCUGUUCCGCGAUUCGAACGCCGGCUGCGUGGAGACCGCCCCGCUCCAUGCGCCCCGGACCAAUAGAGAGCCGGUUCCCCUGAUGCUGGCCACGCCCCUCAGCCAAAGAAGGAGGAAGCCGGAGGGCGGGGACGGGUUGUUCAAGGAAGCGGAGCGCGCUGAGCAGCAGCUGCUUCUUGCAAGCAGGAUAAGGAGAGCGCAUUGCACGGGAUUCUCCGCGCGCGCUGUCCUUGCAGGAUGGCUCUCAGCAGGAGGACGGAAGGUGAGGGCCAGAGCACGGAAGGGGAAAUGGCUGCAUGUGCAUGCAAGAUGGGGAACAGAUUGUGGCCUCGGCUUCUAGGCAAGGGAGAUCUCUGGCUGGGUUAUUGCUCCGAGGAGGGCGGUGAAGUCUAGUUUAAGUGGGGCCACCUUUGGGUGCGAUUCCAGGGGUGGGGGUGAUGGGGGUUAGAGCUGCCGGCAGGCAUGGGCUUCUAAAAGCUUGCCAGGGACUAAGGACGUUGGGGGGGGGGCGGAUUCCCAGGAAGUCUCCAAGAAGCGAUAGUGCGCGCGUGUGAGUGAGAGAGAAUUCAAGCGGCUUGCAGGGACUCCCAACCUGCGAUCGGCUGGCAAAGGAAACCGGCCGGGGGCUGCGACGGCUGACAGGUGAAAACCGGGCUUCCGUGAAGUUGUGCGAAGCUCCUGGGAUUCCCAGGCAGACCCGUCUCUGUCGAUGUUGGACUUGAGGAAUUGGUUGGAAAAUGGCUCGUGCAGAUAGAUAUUAGAUGCUGGUAUCUAACACCUGUCAAACUAGCAAAAAUGUAUAGGACGAGUAGUAAAAUCUGUUGGAAAUGUAAAGAAAAGGAUGGUGAUUUUUACCACAUGUGGUGGACAUGCGAUAAAAUGAAAGAGUUUUGGGAAUUGAUCUAUAAUGUAUUUAAAAAGAUGUUUAAAUAUACUUUCCCAAAAAAAGCCUGAAGAACUAUUGCUAGGUUUGAUAGGAGAGGAUAUUAAGAAGACGGACCAAAGAUUAUAUAUGUAUGCUACGGCAGCUGCCAGAGUUUUGACAGCCCAAAAGUGGAAAACACAAGGAGAUACCAACUGUAAAGGAGCGGCAGACAAAGUUGGUCGAGUACGCGGAAUUAGCAAAACUGACACAGGAUUCGCAGUCAGGAGGAAACAAAGUACCAACAAGAAUGGAGUAAAUUUAUGGUCUAUAUAAGUGAGAACUGUAGAAAUUUGAAUACGUUAGCAGGACUGAAAUAAAUCUUAUGUCAUGGUUUAGUUUUUUAUUAAGGAACUGUGAAUUAAGGAUUGGAAUAAGAAAACCUGCGGAAGGGAAGGAGGGAAGUCAAUGGCUCUACAUAAAGACAGAUGUAAAAAGACUUGAAAUAUUUGUUUGUUGGUGUUGGUGUAUUUGAAAUGAAAACUUAAUAAAAAGCAUUUUUUUUAAAAAAAAGGAAAAUGGUUGUUCGAGGGAAAGAACCUUAAAGAGUUCUGGGAAGCCUUGAAGCAAAAGGUGGACGUUGAGUGCUGAGAAAAUGCUGUGAGUUGGUGGUCUUGGAUGGAAGUCACAUAGAAUCAAGUUGGAAGGGACCCUGAGGAUCAUCUAGUCCAGCUCCCUGCAAUGCAGGAAUGUGCAGCCGGUGUCCCGUAUGGGGAAGUCUGUCUGUUGUUUCCUCAUUUUCCAAAUAAUGCAUCAAAUGUUUUCAGAGAUUCGUAAAAGUACCUGUCAAAGCGGAGUUGGCAUUCCAGCCACAGGUGGGAAGCACCUUGGCGUGAACUGGCCUGCAUCACCUGGACAUGGCAGCAAACCAGGAUUCCAUUAAUAAAAGUCUGUUUAGUAAACUGAGAGGACCGUUCCCAGUGUACUGUUGUUCUAACUUCUAGACUCAUAAUAUGGAAGUAUAAAAAGUGUUGUGGUGUGGGAAGACAACCUGGGGACAGCCUGGGGAGACUGGGAGCACUCCAGAUGUAGUGGACUCGGGAGCAUACAUCACUAUAGUUGGGAAAUGCAUUCCUAUCAUUUGACAAAAUUGAAGCAUCAGUAAUGCAUAUGAGGGCAUUGCGGCAUGAAGUGUAACCGUUCUUCCUUGGUGGAGGUAUUUAUUUCCAGGCAGGUAUGGGAGAGAAGCAAAACACAGAGCAUCAUAGAGCUGUGUGUAUAUGUGAGUGCUUGGCCAUUAUGGUGUUAUGGUUAUCUGAACCAUUGUGAUUGCUAAGGGUGGCCUACUUAGGGCCACACUAUAUAUUAUGUUAAAUGUGCAGCAUGCAACACCCAAUGUCUUUUAUUUACUCCUGGUAUGCCCCACAGAGGACCUUAAGGUCCAUGGAUAACCAUAGUUUAGAGGUCCCGGGCCCUAAGGAAAUCAGACUAUCCUCCACCAGGGCCAGGGCCUUUUCAGUGGUGGCUCCGACCUGGUGGAAUGCUCUGUCCCAUGAGACUAGGGCCCUUCGGGAUUUAACCUCCUUCUGCUGGGCCUGUAAGACAGAGCUAUUCCGCCUGGCCUUUAAUUUGAAUUCAGUCUGAUCUUUUAUUUCCUUUCCCUUCUCUUCCCUCCCCCUCCCCUUUUAUGAAGAUUACCCGCUCUGAGACCCCACAGCUAAUUCUCCCCUGGCCUCCUUGCUGGCCCAAGUAGGACCAGCUAGCCCUGGUGAUUAUCUAAUGUUUAUUGGAUGGAUUUUCCCCAAAUUGAUUUUUGAACUUUGAAUUUUAUUGUUGUUCAUGCUUUCAUACUGUAUUUUAUGCUGCUUCUAUGUUGUAUUACAAUUAAGUGUUUUAAAUUUGUUGUUAGCUGCCCUGAGCCCGGUUUUCUGAACCAGGAAGGACGGGGUAUAAAUAAAAAUUAAUUAUUUUUAUUAUUAUUAUUUUCCUUAUUUAAUUGCAGGCACUGUACAGGUAGCAGACUGUUCUUUGAGAUCAUAGUGUGAGGGGAAGAGAGAUCUAACACACACACACACACACACACACACACACACACUACAAUCCUGGUGCAAAUACACAUGUUUGUUUGAAAAAGAUAUAUCUUUAUUUUAAAUUUCAUGCAGAACACAGCUACAACAACAACAAUAAUAACAACAGCAAAUAAACAAAACAAACUCACUUCCAUCACAGAGUCCAGUUUCUAAACACAUACAUCUAUAAGGCAUUGGGGGAGGUAGGAACAUUGGUGCCAGUAGGAGCUUUGUUGCUGUUGAGCGUCAUAGGUUUUUUUUGGGGGGGGGUCAUUAAACUCACAGCUGAGGCCACUAAGGUUGAAAUUCCCUUCCCCUCAUACUGCAGUUCCAGAGAACAAAAGUCAUCCUCCCAUACCUGUAAUUAAAUAAGCGAGGGAAGAACCCACACACAUAAUUGCAUGCUGUGCAUUUAGAAUAAUGUGGGGCUUGGAUCAGGAUCUGCGUUUUAAAACAAGGCUGGGGAAGUUUCUCCCAAUUGUGUGGAGAUGAAGCUCAGAAGAAAAAUGGGAACAUUGCACGAUGGGAGAUCAAAGAUCUCAUGGUGGCGUUACAAAUGGAUGAAACUCAAUGGUUAAUCAUAGCUGGAGUAGACACAGUGAAAUCAAUAGACUGGACAUGAGUAGGACUUAGGUGGCUAUUGCCCAUAGCUUUUUGGCGGGGAGGGGAGAUACAUUUUGGCUACACAGAAGUGUGUGCUUGUGAUGGCUGUGUGCAAAAGAAGUUGUUUGUAGAGUAAUGUAUAUAUCUGAAAUUAUUAUCCUUUGUAGGCAAUGAAAAUAAGCCAGUUCUGGUAGAUUACAAGGCUAGGUUUCCUGCAGUGUCCAAGUACUUCCAUAUCAACAUGUUCCAUCACACCUGGGGCAGUCCUAACCUUCAUUGUGUCUUUCUGACAGAUGCUCUCCCAGGCCACCACUGCGGCAGUCCAGUAUCCCACCCCAAGUGAGCUGGGUGGUGUGGAAGACUGACCUGACUAUAGGGUCUCCUUUCAAUGGUGCACCAGUAAAAGAAAAAAGAAAAUGCAGACCUGGCCCCAGAGGAACUCUAACCAGGCUUGCCCAAAUCCUCUGCGUGCUUUCAGUAUCCAGAAUUGAAAGGAGAUGGGCUGUCUUGACUCCUUAGCAGCUGCCAGCAUCUCUGCCACAAAUGCUUCUGACCCCAAUAUAGUAUAGCUGCAGUGUGCGUAAGGCUCAGAGGUACUUGGGUAAGAAAAAAGAUGACAGCCUGUUGGACUGAUGCUUUCUUUUUAGCGCUGGUCUUACAUUUAGGUUUAUAUAUAUUUAAAAAGAAAAUCCUGGCGUGUGGACCUUGACAGUUGCCCACCUUUGCCAGGGGCUAAUUCUGGGCAUGGUUUGAAGUAUCUCUCUUUAAAAAUAAAAAUAAUCAUUUUUUAUUAAAAGUUGUUGACGUAAAAUACAAUAAAAGCCAAACUAACCUAGAAAAAAUAAGGGGGGAGAGCAAGAAUAAGAAAAGGAAGAAAAUAAAGAAGAAGAGAGAGAAAAAAACAGAACAUAAAUACAAUCCCCUCUGUCACAAUUAUGUCUUAACCCUUAUUCCCCCCCCCCACACACAGCGAACCCUUCCAGCAAUCACCUGGUAGCUUCCCCCAGCCUCCCACCCUGGGAGAUUCCCUAUCCCUUGUCCCUCAGACAUGGCCCUUCAUCUUCCGUCCAUCACCUUUCUGUGUAUAAAAGGUAAAGGGAACCCUGACCAUUAGGUCCAGUUGCGGACGACUCUGGGGUUGCAGCACUCAUUUCGCUUUAUAGGCCAAGGGAGCCGGCGUACAGCUUCCGAGUCAUGUGGCCAGCAUGACUAAGCUGCUUCUGGUGAACCAGAGCAGCGCACGGAAACGCCGUUUACCUUCCCGCUGGAGUGGUACCUAUUUAUCUACAUGCACUUUGACGUGCUUUCGAACUGCUAGGUUGGCAGGAGCAGGGACCGAGCAACGGGAGCUCACCCCUGUGUAUAUAUCUUCAUUAAUCUAAAAAACUGAACUGUUUGAAGUCUGUCUCAAGUCUUUCCAGAAAUUGAAGUGCACUGGGUUACUGCUCCAAGAGUUGCCUUUUCUGAUCUUCAGAGAGUACUCUUACUGUGGCUCCAGUGAGAAAGGAACUGAAGUCAUAAUCUCCCAGAGAUGCUUGGAGGGUGACAGAGUAAUAGCUGAUUAUGCCGACGUAACACUUUCUGAACAGAAGCAUAAAUAUCCUGCAGCGCACACAUGAAAUCAUUGGCUGUAGUAAGUUUUUCUCCUGUUUACUUGCCAGAAUAUUUACCCUGUGGACAGCUCAUAAGUCAUUUAAAUAUGGCCGCAUAUCUCUUCUGGUGACUUGAAGCAAUCUAGGUGGUUGGAAUGCUUGGGACAACUCUUAUUUCAAGAUUACUUAUGCACAGGCCAGAAAAGCGGCAUAGGAAUCAUGUUUUAUAUAGUCCUGAGCCAAUCGAAGAGGAGACUUCAACAGUAGGAGCUACAGAAUGUGACUGUUGUAACUUUAGCUUCUCUGGAAGAAGUGGGGUGGGGAGCUGAUGUGCAGCCAGAAUGUGCUGAGAAUUAAGAAGCAUAGCAAGAAUGAGCCCUGCAGGUUUGACAAAAUGAAGAUGUUAAUUCUAGUGCAUAGCAAAAUGAUUAAGGAUGGGAAAGCAGAUGUUGAGCUUCAGUCUGCCAGAGGAAUCCAGGUAGGCUGCAAGGUUAUGCAUCGGUAUGUACUGGCUCCUGGGUCCGGUUCAACUUUUCCACUGAAAUUGGUGGAACAAGGCUAAAGUGCAUGUUGCGUUGGAGAUUAAUGAUUCGUAUUUCUUAGUGUCUUUUCUUUCAGAAAUGCAGCUGGCAAAUUGGCUUCUGUUGGCAGGCAGGGGAUUAAGCCUUCUAUCCCUGCACAAUUUUCCCGGUCAAAAUCGCCUUUCUCAGCUGCUGUUUGCCCCAUAAGGAGAAUAAAUACUGGCGCCUGCUGUUGGUCUCCUUUUGCCAUUGCUCCUUUUCUGCCUCCAAUGUUGCUUUCCAUAUUUUGCACAGCCUUCAAACUUGUCUUGCAGUCAACAACACUGCUCCUCCCCAUCAUCACUUUUUUCCAAAUCCUUUUCUUUGCAGAACCUUCCUGUAUCUUGAUUGCUUUCAAUUAAAUUACAUCCUUGAUGCUGCAUAUUGUCAAAGUGUCGGAAUCGUUGUCUUGUUCUCUCCCCCUGCUGUCCCUUUAUCCGAAAAAAGAUUCCAGUGACUUUUGUGUCUGUAAGAGAAGAAAGCUUGGUAGGUUGAUGCUUGUUUUCCUAGCCCGGCUUUUCUUUUAAGCACCAUGUAAUUUUGUAGAGGGACGUGGGUGGUGCUGUGGGUUAAACCACAGAGCCUAGGGCUUGCUGAUCAGAAGGUCGGCGGUUCGAAUCCCCGCAACGGGGUGAGCUCCCAUUGCUUGGUCCCUGCUCCUGCCAACCUAGCAGUUCGAAAGCACAAAGUGCAAGUGGAUAAAUAGGUACUUCUCCAGCGGGAAGGUAAACAGUGUUUCCGUGCGCUGCUCUGGUUCGCCAGAAGCGGUUUAGUCAUGCUGGCCACAUGACCCGGAAGCAGUGUGCCGGCUCCCUUGGCCAAUAAAGCGAGAUGAGAGCCACAACCCCAGAGUCGUCUGCAACUGGACCUAAUGGUCAGGGGUCCCUUUACCUUUACCUAAUUUUGUAGAGCACUGUUGAUGUUGCUUUCUGUUUGCAUAUGAAUAGGAAGUGGACAAAUAUUUGAGUGAUGCUUAUAGGAAGUUCAGUACUAAUAUUUGUAUGUCUCAUGUAAAAGCACUUUGUGGGAGGAAACCUUGUCCUGCGUAAUAGUAAAUAAGCUAUCCUAUCUUUCGUUGUAGCUCCUAUAAUUUAUGCGGUUGCACAUCUUGCUCAAUAUGUGUAAGACAACUUUAUUAACGCUAGGAAAACCUUUACUUUGGAGAUUAGAUGUUGACACAACUUGGGUUUUUUGAGAUCUAGAGUUGUCUUGCAUAACCUGUUGCUCUGUCGAUGUGUCCUUCCUUCUUCCUUACAAUAUUGCUGCUUCUUACCAGACGCCUCCCCACACCCCAUUGUAGGCUUUGUGUUGUAGAACUUGCAUUUCCAUCUUUGUAAAAACAAAACCCAUGUUGCACAGCUUCCACCGAGCUGUUGGAAAACUUGGCCUCAUUUCCUGCGAGCCUGCUGUUUCGUGUGCGUUCUUCCUUGCCCAAAUGGCUCCCUUCCUUUCCCCUUGCAAAAUGCUUGUUGCCCUCACCAGGGCACCACUGUUGCUCAUACAUCGGGUACGUUGUGCGUUGGCGAGGCAUUGUUCCCAGGGAAAGGCCUUGAACCUUUGCCUAGGGGAGGUGUUGGCACUACAUGCAGGCUUCCUCCUUUCCAUUGCCUAUGUAGUUGGCGGACUGUGAAUAGAACAGCAAGCCUUACCUCUGUGUCUUGACCUGGCAUAAGAGUGGCUUUCUGUGGGUUGCUGCUGCUGCUUGGGGUUCAAACUUCUCUGUGUGAGGGGAGCCCUGCAGUUUCUGGCUUUAUAAAUUUGGCUGCCUCCUUAUCCGACUGGGACCUUGCUUGCGUGUUGCUUGGGUGAAUGGUAGGGUGAUGUCAUUGCAGUGUUCCUGCUGUCAGCUGCAUGCUGAUUAGCACAUUUGGUGUAUGGUUUGUAUGGGUUAUUAGCAUAAGACAUAGAAAUGAUGGUGUAGUUGCCAGGGGUGCAGUAACUUGUGGUGUGACUUGUUUUCACAGCUAUUGUUUUGCAUUCUAGAUUGCUGCUGAGAGUCCGUAGGAUUGCAACUAAAAGUACAUUCAGAUGCAGGGAAUACUGCAUUAGUUUUCCUGUUUAUAAUGCUAGUUCCUCUGUUUCCCCAGUUUCUAAGGUCCCUUUUAUAUACUGCAUUACCAGCUGCAUUAGGGAACUGCAGCUUUUUCAUCGGCACCCCACCAUGUCAUGCUAAAUUGCAUCCGCAUCACUCCUAGAUGUGGUGUGACACAACAGCAGGCAUGUCAUCCCUGUUGUUGUUGUUUUACUAAUGAACAAUUCCGUUUCCCCCAUGAUUCACUCAUGAAAACAGAACUUUACUGCUCUAAAUUUCAUCAUGGGAGUGACUUGGGAAGUGCGGGGGGGGGGGGGGGAUCAAUGAAAACCAAGGGAAAAUUACAGCAUAAAACUCCUGUGAAUUUGUGGGUUAAUGGUACCUUGUAUGCUGUAAUGUUAUUGUUUUAGAUAAAUAAAUUGUUUAAAUUGUUAUUAAUGAAAUGAUUAUUUUUCUCUUUCCAAUAAAGUACAGCAGAAAACGUUAGCAAUGCUGUCUUAAUCCGGCCUACAUUACACUGAUGUUGGCCAUGAUGCAGGCUGUAAGAGUAGCCUUCAGGUGGUUCAAUGUAAAAAGUCCAGAAUUCCUCAGCAGUUUUUAAUUUCCAUAGUACAAUACUUCUGCUGACCUUCCAAAGAAAAUGGGCGCAUUCUCUCUCAUUUGCCCAUCUUGCUUUUAAUAUGGAGAAGUCUCUGCCCCAUUUAUUUUUAUUUUACAAAAUUCCAAUUUGAGAAAGGUUGCAGUGGCAUUCAUCAAGAUAUCAGUUCAGAGAAUGCAAGCUGACUUGAGUUUCCAAUUGAAAUGUAAUCUUCUCUCCUUUCAACCCUGCGUGUCCCAGGGUAGGUGUAACUAUGUGUUCAGAAUGGCCAAGUCUGCUUUCAUUGUUGGCAUUUUGCCCCUUUCCAUGCUUGCAAAAGCACACCCAGAGUGUAUGCAUUUCUAGCUCCUCCUGGCAGUGUGCUGAAGAAUAAUACACCGCUGAAAAGCAGACUGGGGGGGUUCCUUGUUUCUUAGAAGCUGACAUCUGAUUCUGAAGCUGCCCUUUGGGUGUGGGUGUGUGAGCAGGGAUAGUUUUUCCAUGGUCAUUAAAAGGCCAUUGAUUUCUUUGCCAUCUGAUUUGAUUAAUGCAAUGAACAUUCUCAAGCUAUCAAGUGGUUUGAUACUCGGGUCGCAACUCUGCACAAGCAGUCGUAAGUGUAUGCAUUGGUGAAAAUGGGUUUCCUUGAUUCUGCAAGAGUGCCCAUGAAACACAAGCACAACUGAUCCCAUAAAAACGGUUCUAAUAGGGAAUCUCCAAAUGAAGUAAUUUUCAUUUCCACCUUGUGGCUCCCUGCUGCAGCCUCCAGACAUGAGAUAGUAUGUCAACUUCAUAGCAUGUAGGAGAAGUAACUGAAGAUCAGUUGUCAACAGGGUGGAUAAAAAUCAAUGAUAAGAAAAUAGAUUUUUAAAAAUUUAAAUCGGAUUUUUUAAAUUUAAAUUGGAUUUUUUAAAAUAAAAUGCUUUUGGAGGAAAAAUAACUACCAUAUCUUUCUAAAGAUAGUUUUCUAUUUAAGUUACAUUAUGGUCCAAAGACUAUUCAUCAGGAAAUAAGGAUUUGUUUUAAGUUCUUUUUUUAAAAAAAUAAUAAUUGUUUAACCACACCAGUUAACAAACAUGGAUACAUAUGCUGUAAUGUUAUUGUUUUGGUUAAAUAAAUUGUUUAAAUUGUUAAAUUGUCCAAUGAAGUACAGCAGAAAAGUUGUCCAAAUAUAACUUAUUAAUCCUCACAAUAAUUUCAUAAUUAUCGGUCUAUGUAUAUCUAAUAGUAUAGCCAAAUCAGUAAUUUUUAUAUGACUGUAAAAAAAACUACUCUGAAAAUUGAUUAUUCCAAAAUUGAAACUUUCAUCUGGUUGUAAAUAUGAAGAUUAUACCAGCAAGAAUGAGUCUUUCUGUAAAAAAAAAAAAAAAGAUUUAAAUCAAGUCUUACUGGCAAGUGAUUUAAAUUGUUAUUUACAUUGUUUUGAUUUAAAUCAAAUCCACCCUGGUUGUCAACAAUGAUUUCGUAUACAUUUUAUGUAAACGUAGAUGUGCCACUUUUCCACCUUGCUAUUAGAUCACAAAGGAGUUUGGAGGGUAAACACUGCUUUUCCUGUAACCACCAAAACUAAUUUCUUUCAAUGUUUCCUCUUUCUAACAACAUAAAUUGGGUCUUCUUUACAUUGUUUCUUGUAAGUGUAAAAUUGUUUUGCUUUGAUAGUUGUUGAGAACCAAGACUCUAGUGAAUAUGCACUGGACAGAUUUAGACUCUGAUUCUGUUCUGUCACCUCCUGCCUUUUUAUUAGACAUUGGAUUUCAGCUGGGAUGAACUUCAAGCCGCAAAUGAUCAUACCUUGACAUUUAAUGAAACCAAAAUGACCCACAAAGGCGUAUCAGCUUCCAGCACGAAUAUGAUUUAGUACUAAGUGCACAGGAAUUUUGCAGGAACAGCUGUACUUACAUAAUAAUAAUAAUAAUAAUAAUAAUAAUAAAUUUAUUAUUUAUACCCCACCCAUCUGGCUGGGUUUCCCCAGCCACUCUGGGCAGCUUCCAACAAAAUAUUAAAAUACAAUAACCUGCAUUUAGGUUGAAACAAAAACUGAGAUGUAGUGACUUUAAAAAAAAAAUAAAAUCCUGAAGGACACCUGGAACUUUGUGAGCAACACAUAUGUAGACUCCAAUCAUGGGGUGAGCUAAGUGCUACCAUGGUUGGAGGUAGUUGCUCAGUGGCUUUCUAUUUCCAUACUUCAGGGUUGUUGUUUUUUAAUAAAAUAAAAUAAGGUAAAGUCCAGCCGAAAUCAAUGAAGCACUUUAAAUGAGCAGAGCACGAACUAUUUAUUGAGCACUGUAAAGGUCAUCCCUAAAUUUUCUCCCUAGCCAGAGCUUCUUGAAUAGAGAGUGGAAAGAAGCAAGCAGAUGUGGCUUCAUUCUUCACUUAGUCUGCAAUUUAAUGCACUUAUGUAAUUGCUUCUUGUGAAAAUGGAAAAGCAGGGGUCUAAUUUUCUCCAUAUGCGUUCUGCACUUCCUACGAUCAUGUCAUAUUGUUUGGGAACAGAUUCCGGUGAUAGCUUCGGCUGGAGCAUCGGGCAGCCGCGCUCCAAUUUCACUUCAAAGCGUAACCUCAAUUUUUGCCAUGCUAUCUCCCCACCCCCAUUAUUAAUUUUUAUUGGAGUUUGUGACAUGGUUUUUAGUGCAAGAAGUUCAGGCCUUCUAUCUGAAAUACCAACUGUAAUGGAUAAACUUUAUUUCUUAUUUCUUUUAGUUUUCAGAAAGAAGGUAUUGGAGAGGCUUUUUCCUACUCCUGUUCCAUCUGGUGUGGUUUCUUCAAGUGCAGAGAGCGGCACUGCUCCCAGAAGUCCAGUUUCGGAGCAAGGAGGUCCUGAGAGUACCACAAUUUUGCAGCGACACUCCAGUGUACCAGGUAUAAGAUAGCUUGCAGAUCGGGAGAACCUGUGAACUUAACAUUGGGAAAUCUGUUGGACAACUGUCCAACAGGGAGGUGUUGCACAAAGUGAAAUAAAAUGAUGUGUAUUGUACUUAGUUGCAUAACAACAACAACAUAUUAUUAUUUUUAUUUAUUUAUUUUUUUAUUUAUACCCUGCCCAUCUGGUUGGGUUUCCCCAGCCACUCAGGGCAGUUUCCAACAAAAUAUUAAGAAUACUAUAAAACAUCAAACAUUAACAACUUCCCUAAACAGGGCUGCCUUCAGAUGCUUUCUAAAGCUUAGGUAGUUGCUUAUUUCCUUGACAUCUGAUGGGAGGGCGUUCCACAGGGCGGGCGCCACUACCGAGAAGGCCCUCUGCAUCCUUGCAAUAAAGAGACGCCACUACAAAGGCCAUUUCUUUUCAGAGGAGUUACAAGGAAAGCGUUAACAGGUACAUACACUGUUCAGAAAGAUGGAAGUGUAUUGGCCUGGGUUAAAGUAACCUGGCAUGUUAGCGGAAGCUAGCACAAUGGGUUUUCCCCCGCCUCCCACUGCAAUCCACCCCCUUCCCAAAUCUGCUCCGGAGGGCCAGGAGAACCCCCCAGAACAGUUUGUGGGAGAGAGGAGAGGGAAGAGCCUUUCAUCUGGCCAGCUGAAAUGUUUGUGCUGUUGGGAAGGUUCAGAAGAGAACCAGUGUGGCAUAAUGGUUGGAGUGUUAGACUAGGACUUGGGAGAGCAGGAUUAGAAUCCCCACUUGGCUGUGAAGCUCACUGGGUGUCCUUGGACCAGUCACCAUCUCUUAGCCUAAUCUACCUCAUAGGGUUGUUUUGGGGAUGAAAUGGGUAGGAGAAGAACCACAUACACCACCUUGAGAUGGAAGAUAAAAGGUCGUAUAUAAAGGUAAAGGGACCGCUGACCAUUAGGUCCAGUCGUGACCGACUCUGGGGUUGCGGCGCUCAUCUCGCUUUAUUGGCUGAGGGAGCCGGCGUACAGCUUCCAGGUCAUGUGACCAGCAUGCCUACGCCGCUUCUGGCGAACCAGAGCAGCGCACGGAAACGCCGUUUACCUUCCCGCCGGAGUGGUACCUAUUUAUCUACUUGCACUUUGACGUGCUUUCAAACUGCUAGGUUGGCAGGAGCAGGGACCGAGCAACGGGAGCUAACCCUGUCGCGGGGAUUCAAACUGCCGACCUUCUAAUCGGCAAGUCCUAGGCUCUGUGGUUUAACCCACAGCGCCACCCGCGUCCCUGGUAUAUAAAGGUAAUAUAAAAAAAUAAAAUUGAAUUCCUCCCUAAGUCUUAAAAGUUCAACCACAAUCUGCCUAAUUGCAAAACAAAUGUCACCUUUGAUGACUUGUCACAGUCUCAAAGUGCUGGUAAAGAGCCACUCAGGAAUUGCUCUCUCUAGAAUUCAGCUAAGAAAAACUGGCACAUGAAUGUUGAUUUCACAUCCAGGUUGGCCAUUCUCCGAGCACAGCUGCUUCUUGGAGAAUAGGCUACACUCCAUGGUAUGGCCCAUGAACUGCUGGAAGCAUUGUGUCAAAUUUGUUUGAUGUUUCAAGGUUUUCAGGUUGUAACCCUUGGGUGUUAACCGUAGUUCAGUGUUCCAGGAAUAAUCUCACAGAUGCUCCAACUGAUCGUGGACUGUUGUCCCAAAGCUUGGUUUGUUUGCCAUAUGCUCUUUCCUUCUGCCUUGUUAGCAUGAUAAGCAUCUUGUUAGUUAGAUUAGCCUCAACCAGAGCCAGGGCCUUCUCAACACUGGCUCCGGCCUGGUGGAACGCUCUGCCUCAUGAGACCAGGGCCCUGCGGGAUCUGAUUUCUUUCCGCAGGGCCUGUAAGACAGAGUUGUUCCACCUGGCCUUUGGCUUAGAAUCAGUUUGAUUCCCUCCACCUCUUCCUUUUUCCUUUUUCCUCCUGUGAAGAGGCUGCAUCCUAAUGUUUUAAUGUUGUAUUUUAAUCUUGUUUUUUAAAUAGUAUUUUAAUCAACUUGUUUUUAUUAUUGGUUGUUAGCCGCCCUGAGCCCGGUCUUGGCUGGGGAGGGCAGGGUAUAAAUAAAAUUUAUUAUUGUUGUUGUUGUUGUUGUUAUUAUUAUUAUUAUUAUUAUUAUUAUUAUCUGAGGUGGGGUCAUACAGACCAUGUUUAAGCACGGCUGUUGGGUUCAGACAUAAUGCCAAAACAUAAUUUAAAAAGCCACUACUAGUAAUCCAACAGCAAAUGAAGGGUUCACAUCAUGGUUGCUGCUGGAAAAUAAACCAUAGUUGGCCUGCUAGGCUGAGAUCAGGCAUUACUCCAAACCAGACUCUGGCUAAACACAACAUAGCUUAAUAUUACAUGUGAGCUAAGCCAAUGUGGUAGUCAUUGGUACAACCAUUUGAACUCAUUAACACAAGCCAUUCAAAUGUGUAUUUUAAAUACAGUGAUAUUUUAUAUAUGCAUACUUUCUGUUCACUAACCCUUCCCAAAGAGAUGAAAUCACAGAAUUCAUGUGCUUACUGAGCAUCUCCAAUAUCUAAGAAUGUAGUUUUUAAUAAAGAGAGAACAUACUUCCUAUUCUCUCUAAUUGCAUUCUUGGUGAACUCUUUAUGAAACAGAAUACCGUUUAGUGGCUUUUUACUUAACACUUUAUUAGAGUUGUACAUCAAGUAAACUGAACGUAGACACCCCUGAGUUCAAUGGGUUGCACCACAUUUAACCCCUUGACUCAUCCAGUGCAGAAUUAAAUUUCCAAUUAACUUAGUUUCAGCUAAAUUUUUAGCUUUAAUGUGGACUCAUGAUCCAUGUUAAUGUUGCAGUAGCUUAGCAUGAAUUCUGUUCAUAUUUCCAAAAGCUCAUGGCAGAAGAUGCACAUUUGGAUAGGAGGAUGCUGGUCUUGACUGAAAAGGUCCUACCAACAUCCUCUUAGAAGCUUGGGAAAGAGGGUACUUUAAAGCACUUAAAAAUAAAUAAAUAAAUAAACCCAUGCAAAGCAAGACAUGCAAACCCCCAAAUUAACAAUCUCAGGAAAUUAGAAUAUUAAAUGAAAUCAGCAAAACAAGGACUGCAAAUAGAUUCUCUAUGGGGUUCAGGUCAGGCGAGUUUGCCGGCCAACCAGUCAGCAUCCCCAUAAAGCUCGUCUGCGGAAGGAAAUAUGAAGUGCUCCAAAAUCUCCUGGUAGACGGCUGCCUUGACCCUGGACUUAAUGAAGCACAGUGGACCAACACCAGCUGAUGACAUGGCUCCCCAAAUCUCUUUUCUGAUGAGAGCAGCUUUUGCAUCCCAUUUGGAAACCAAGGACCCAGAGUCUGGAGGAAGAAUGGGGAGGCACACAAUGCCUGAUGCUUGAAGUCCAGUGUGAAGUUUCCACAGUCUGUGUUGAUUUGGGUAGCCAUGUCAUCAGCUGCUGUUGGUCCACUGUGCUUUAUGGGGAUGCUGACUUCAUUUUCCAGCAGGACUUUGGCACCUGCCCACACUGCCAAAAGUACCAAAACCUAGUUCAAUGCCCAUGGGAUUACCAUAUUUUUCACCCCAUAGGAUGCACCUUUUCCCCUCCAAAAAUGAAGGGGAAAUGUGUGUGCGUCCUAUGGGGCGAAUGCAGGCAUUCGCUGAAGCCUGGAGAGCGAGAGGGGUCGGUGCGCACCAACCCCUCUCGCUCUCCAGGCUUCGCGCAGAUCUCUGCAAGCCGUGGGAGCCCGCACCUGGCUCCCACGGAUUGCAGAGAGCUGCCUGUAUGCCGAAGGCGUUGGGCUCCCGCAGCUUGCGGAGAGUUGCCUGUUCUGGGGGCUGGGGUCGGGGGAAGCUCGGGCUUCCCUGCCCCAGCCCCGCGCCUGGGGGGGAAAUAAUUUUUUUCCCUUUAUUUCCCCCCCCCCAAAAAAACUAGGUGCGCCUUAUGGGACGGUGCGUCCUAUAGGGCGAAAAAUACGGUACUUUGACUGAUUGGCCAGCAAACUCGCCUGACCUGAACCCCAUAGAGAAUCUAUGGGGCAUUGCUAAGAAAAAGAUGAGAGACAUGAGACCAAGCAAUGCAGAAGAGCUGAAGGAUGCUAUUGAAGCUUCCUGGUCUUCCAUAACACCUCAGCAGUGCCACAGGCUGAUAGCAUCCAUGCCAUGCUGCAUUGAGGCAGUAAUUGAUGCAAAAUGGGCCCAAACCAAGUACUGAGUACAUAUGCGUGCUUCUACUUCUUCAAGGUCCAAUAUUUCUCUAUUUGCAUCCUUGUUUUGCUGAUUUCAUUUAAUAUUCUAAUUUUCUGAGAUUGUUAAUUUGGGGUUUUCAUCAGCUGUACGCCAUGAUCAUCACAAUUAUAACAAAUAAAGGCUUGACAUAUCUUGCUUUGCAUGUCAUGAGUCUAUCUCAUAUAUUAGUUUCACCUUUUAAGUUGAAUUACUGAAAUAAAUGAACUUUUCCACAAUAUUCUAAUUUUUCGAGUUUCACCUGUGCAUUUGACAAUUGUAGGGAAGAAUUCAGUCAGCAAACUAGGGAAGCUUUUGAUUCCACCGCCCCCCCAUGUCAACUGAUUCUCCCCUGCAAAUGGUCUCUGCUCCUUCAUUCAUGUGGCCAUGCAAAUUCCAAUUUCAAAGCACAAGACUGUAAACAUAUAUAAAGACUUAUAAACGUAUAUAUCACAUUCGUAGUGAAGGCGGUACUCUCCUUUUCCAUACAACUUGGGAGUAUUUUUCAUGAUAAACCUCUAGGAGGAAGAACUGUAAUUUUUUAUUAUUGGAUAUCCUGUCAUUCAAAAUUACCAGGAAACAGAAAUCUCUUGUUACACAAAUAAUAAGAAAUGGUAUAUGUCUCGCAAGAGUGGCAUAUUUAUUGCUGGAACCAAUAACCCAAUGCCGCAAUAAAUCUUGAUUUUAGCAUGACCUUUCUGAUUCAAUGUAGGCGCAUCUUCCUAAGUUACGUUUACAUGAAUUGAUUAUGUAAGUGCAUAAAUACCUUUUUCUUUUCUUUUUUUACUACUUCAGCAGUACUGUUGUCUUAGACCUGGAUAAUGUUUGCAUGCAUUUUAGCAUGCCUCUAGUAGAAGCGUCCAAAGUUUCCCUGAUUCCAAAGACUUGAGUAUCAGUGAUAUAUUGGCAUACAAGGCAAACCUCCUCUAUACAUAUUCAUAAGGAAUUUUGGCAGCACAAUAAUGGAAUAAACAACUUUUCAGACUGAUUAAAACAAUUCGUUUUAGCGGUUAAUUACUGUGGCAAGAAAGAGCAACGGACUGUAAUUACUACAUUGCAGAGCAGACUAUGACAUUUUAAAUACCUUUCAAUCAAGAAUUUGUUUACUGGUGACUGAUUUUAUGAUAACUAUCAAUGUUGAUUAUUCAUAAUGUUCUGAGGCCAUUAUUUUUUUCCCAUCUGGAUCCACGAACUGCUGUUUUUAAUUCUGUCUCUGUUUGGACAUCUUAUAUCUUCCCCAAUGCCUUCAGAAGGUUUUCUCUAGAGACCCAAAAUGACCAUUACAGUUGGGCUUUCUCUUCAUUUGGCAUCUACAGUGGGGUGGAAUAAAUUGUUGCCCGACACCCCCCCUUUCAAAUCUUCAGAAACUAGAUAACAACAAUACAGUGUUCUGGGUUUUGUUUUGCUUUUGUAUUCUGAAGGGCCAUAUCAAAUUGUUCCUAUGAAGGUGUGUUUGGCUUGUGACUUAUCCAAAGAAGUUCAGAUAAAGUCAGCAUGCCCUUACUUACUGGAAUAAGGCAAUACUAACAACAGUCUGUGCAUGUAAGUGUAGACAGGUAGAUAAAACCACAUUUCACAAAAAUGUGGAGGGGAGGGAGGGCUUGCCUGCAAUAACUUCUUUGACAGCCUGUUCAAUGCUCUACCCUAAGUUUAACAUAAUCAUUAGAAGUUUAGAGUUGGAAGAUACUUCCGAGGGUCAUCUAGUCCAACCUCAUGCAGUGCAGGAAUCCUGCCCACAGUUGUUGACCUUUUUUUGGCAAAUUCACACAUACAAAAAUGAAGUUUUUGAGCUACUUUUAAGCCAAAUCACCAUUUUAGCGAUUUCCGUCCAGAAACUGCUUCCGAAUGCUGUAUUCCGGAUAUGUCUGGGAAAUUACGGACGUAUGGCAACGCUAAUAUAUGUGCUAGAAACCUUGUUUCCAGAAAUAAAUAAAUGGCUUUCUCUGAUUUCAAAGCAGAAGCCCCUUGGAUAUCGUGAGGGAAACAAAAGCCACCUUAAGCCUUCAUUAAUAGUUUAGGAGAGUAAUUAUUAAAUGCGUGCCCAUGAGAAACAAGUUAAAAAAGUGGAAUCCUUUGCAUGUUUUACUUGGAAGCAAGUCUUUCUAUUCAGGAGGAGUUACUGCCAGCACCCUCUCAUCCUUCUAGAGGCUGCCCACUGUUUCUCUGCAUGCUUCACUGCUCUGGCCAUUUCUAACAGGGCCAGAGCAGGCAUCUGGUCAGGUGAUUUUUGUCUUGUAGCCUCAGGCCAGAGAGAGGAGGAACCAACACAGAGAGUGAUUGAAAUGUAGCAGGCCACAGCUUUAUCGGGGAUGGCUUCACAGACAGGUUGGCAGGGCAAGGAUCCAGCUUCUAACAACCCACCUAGCAAGAGACAUGGCGAUAUUGCCUUCCCUCUGGAAAGGUCCAUCCAGAACAGUGAGCCCUACAGAAACAUGGAGAAUGGGACCCUUUGAGAGUGGGGAAUGUUUAUACAUCAACAUGUUCUUGUGCAAGAGCUUCAGUAAGGGUAUGCCUAGGCUACUGGAAAUCUUGCAGAUGCCGAACUUGUAUCUCCCUAAACCUUUUGCAGUUCUGUUUUUGAACGAACUUUCUGCAGGGAAAGGAGCCUGCCUUAAAAAAACGCCUGCAGAGGAGUCUAACACCCUUUAACUUUCACGUUUGCUUCUCAUUAAUUCCAGCGCUUGAUUUAACACCUCAUUAUUAAUCAACAGUGAUAGGAGAAAUUGGAUCCAAGACUUGGCAGUUUGAGGGAUUUAGCAUGAAUUUAGGGAAAUGAAUUUACUUGAAUAGUUUCAAUUAAUUUUUCCUUGAUGUCUUGUCUUUUUUCAGACUGCAUGAUUAAUCAGUUUGUAUAUCUUGGGCUGCAUUUAUUUCUGUUUUCCAUUUGCGACCUCUGAAAGAGUUGGGUUUAGACAAUGCGAGGCUCAGGGCGGGGUGGGUAUUUUGAUGCUGUCAGAAACAAAUAGGCAGCGGUGAUGAGAUGAGCACAAGGAAUUCAGUCUCCUGAACCCUGUGAAAUGUCCUAAUUUCUUCUGCUGAACAAAAGAAAUUAAGAUGUCUCGUCAAGAUCUAUGGGAAUCCCUGCUCCUUGAAGUCUGCAAUGUGCACAGAAAGCUGACACGACCUCAUGAAAGCAAUCGUUGUGGGAGCAGGCGUUCCUUCAGCUCUGUUCAGUUUCUCAAUAGCUAUAGAUUUAAUGGCAUAACUGAAUUUUGGUGAGUGUGGCCAAAUUCUAUUAAAGCUGUCUCAUUAAGAUGCUUUUCAGAAGUGUACUGUAACUUCUUUUGAGUGGGGUUCCUUACGUUCCUUUCAUCCACUCUGCAAGGUGAUUUGUGAGAGAAUUGCUGUCUUUAUUAAUGUGCACCGUAGAUCAGAGCAGCAUUUAAGCGUAAUUAUUUUUUGCAGUAGCAUUCCCAGCAGCGUUUAUCAAAUUUCAUGGAAAACCAGAGACACACUGGGCUGCAGAUCAGGUGCUGCAGUUGAUAAGAUGUAGCUUUUGGCUGUAUCCGCACUGAUGCAGCCUUAGUGACCGUAUCCACGUGUUCAUGUAGGUCCCCUCCUCCCUUUUCCUUUCUUUUAAUUUUUAUUCAAGCUUGAAAGAUUCAUCUAUCAGCUUAAAAAACUGAUGUAAAAUUCUUACUUCAUAAUAACAUCCAACUUUUCUACUUACCAUAAACCAACCUUUUUCCCCAGUCUUCGAACCCUGUUUAUGUAGUUCUGACAAGGUAAGUGGGAAAGUUCAUGACAGUUCUGCGAAAUUGUUCACAUGAAAAAGCACAGCCAUAAUCAAUUGGUGUACAUUUCAUUAGUCAGGUACCUCAACAUUUCUUAAAGAUGAUAAACUGAUACCGUGAGUCGCCCCCAUCCUGCCCCCAGGAUUCUUUUAACUGGGCACCACUGGUGAAGCAGAUUUGUCAUUUUUAUUCACGUGGAACAAUUUGUCAGUCCACCUGCUUCAGUCUGUGUAGCUUCUUCCUGCGGAUGAGGGCAGCCAAACCAAUUUUCCCUUAUUUUUCUCUCUGCCAGAGCAGUGCAGCCAACUUGAAUAAACAGUUUUGUUGUUAUCUUCUAGGUGAAAAGCGUGUGAGUCUGCCUCCAAGGAAAAUGUACACAGUGAAUCUACCCCCCGGAGAUUAUGUACCAGCUGCUAAUAACGAACCCAGCAAUGGCAGCUCUGAGAGUGAUGACAGCGAUGCCAAUACUCCAGGUGAGACAUUUUUCUUGACCGGUGCCCCCCCCCCGCCCCCGAGGUCAUUGUUUAAAGCUGAAAGUUACAGGUAAAUGGUAAAUUUAUUCCCAAGUUUCCCUUUACCUGACUUCUCGCUUCCUUGUUUUAUACAUUUCUUUGUUGCUCUUUGGCAUAAUAAGGUGGCGCUGCCUUAAUUCUUCUCCUGUCCUAAUGCUUCGGUUGAGUAAAUCCCAUUAUUAAUGUUAUACCUAGAGUCUUUAUUCAUGUUAAUCGGUGUUAUUUUUCUAGAAAAAGAGGUGCUGGAUGACUCACCACGAACGCCUCCUUUGUUCUCUUAUAAUGGCAAUGGCGCCGACCUGAAAGGUGCCAGAACUGAGUUCCGGCUGGAAAAAAAUGCCCUGAUGCUAACUAAGGAGGGAAGGAUACCUACCAUUGACCUUACUAAACUGUGGAUCAGGCUUCAAAUAUAUAUUUAUAUAUGGAGGAACUGGGUUUCAGGGUCUACGAAUGGGGCACACUUUGGUAUUUCAGAUUUCAGCAGUGCCCUGUACAAGGCCAAAAUUUGGUGUCCCACACCUUGGCGCUGUGGGUUAAACCACAGAGCCUAGGACUUGCUGAUCAGAAGGUCGGCGGUUCGAAUCCCCACGACGGGGUGAGCUCCCGUUGCUCGGUCCCCGCUCUUGCCCACCUAGCAGUUCGAAAGCACGUCAAAGUACAAGUAGAUAAAUAGGUACCACUCCAGUGGGAAGGUAAACGGCGUUUCCGUGUGCUGCUCUGCUUCGUCAGAAGUGGCUUAGUCAUGCUGGCCACAUGACCCGGAAGCUGUAUGCCAGCUCCCUCGGCCAAUAAAGCAAGAUGAGCACCACAACCCCAGAGUCAGCCAUAACUGGACCUAAUGGUCAGGGGUCCCUUUACCUUUACCUACCUUCCAUCCUGCUCAAUUCUCUGUCAUAUGUGGCAAUCCCCUAGGCUCCUCCUCUGCUCCAAAGUACUAGAGAGCUUGAAUGUGGUAUAUGAUUUAACUCCAUAGGUGCCUUCUGCUGAGCCAGGGGGCUUGAACCUUAAGGGGAUUGAACCUUAGACCUACUACACGCAGCACAGAUACUUUGGAGUGACAUAUGCCAUAUCUUUAACUGAACUAUGCUGCUCUCACAUAGAAAGGAUUUCCUAGUAAUACUAAGCAGUUUAAGUUGUGGGCAUUUGUAUUAAGUGGUCUGAUUUAAAGAGCAGUGAAAGGAGAAUGCAAUAGCUUAUUUCCCACUCCUAGUCAGAUAGGUGUUCAUUUUAUGAAUUUCUCGGUGCAUGAGAAAUUCAUAAAACGAAUAGCUUGCCUGAAAGAACAGCUGGAUGCACUUAGAACACCCACUUAUUUUCCAUUGAAACCAAUGAAUUUUAUAUUUUAUAUAUAUAUUUUAAAAUGUGCAUAGCAGCCACUUCCUCCAAUUCAGGAAUUGUUUGUGGACGGCAAGUGAAUUUGCAUGGAGUUCUUCUAUCCAUAAGAAUAGCUUCGUUUAUUGAAAGGAAGGGAAAUAGCAUGAGAUUGCAUGCAUUGGCGAGGCCUGUCAGUUGAAAUGAACUGGGGCUGCCAAUACUUCAGUACACCAAGCAACAGUGGAGCUGGGGAAAUGUAACAUGGCAUUGGGACUGCCACAUGGGGAAGAUCGUAAGUGACACACGUAUGAGGCAAGUGCAUUUUCAGUCCGUAAAUCUAAGCUGCAUUGGCAAAAGUGUGGCGUCCAAUUUUUUUUUGGCGUAUUUAAGAAUUACAGGUACAGACAAAUUUGUCAGUAGCAAAAUAUGGUAGGAUCAGGCUGAGGAUGCCACACAUUUCUGUAUCCCAUUAUUCCUUUCCCCUGUUACUUGGGCAGGUGUUUUAUAGCCUAGGCAGAAUGAAAAGUGAUUCAUGGCAAGCUUGUCUAGCCGGAGACGGAAGAAAAAAAGGACCAAUAAAGUAUAGCUAGGUGACUGUAUUUCAGUAUAGAUCUUCAUUCGUCUGUGCAUUUUUUCUAUAUGCUUUCAAGCUUCCCCACAUUAUUUAGGAUAAAUAUUGCACUUCUCUACUCUGUUUGUCUCUAGCUUUAUUAGCCAUGCAUCCUUGUGAGUGGACAAGGUUAUAAUUAAGGGUACUUAGAGCUAAAAAGCCUUGGUUUUAUUUAUUUCUAUUUCAGUUUUGGCAUGGAGCCUGUGUUUGGUACAGCUUUUAAUUCGUAACCUAUAGCUGCUCCUCUUUCUGUGGUCUUUCUUUUUCUGCCAAGCUGAAGUCUAGCAUCCCAAAACUGUUCUUCUUUGCCCCACUUUUGCCAUUGCAAGCUAUCCAUGAUCUGCCCCCUUUUGGCCCUGCGUAGUAUCCAUGAUCCAGGUGAGAUUUCAUGUCAGUGACAUGCAGCUGUCAUUUAUCAGGUUUAUUGCUCUUAACUGGGUGGUAUAUUUCUGACUAGUGUUGUUGCACAGGAUUCUAAUUUGCAUGGUUGACAGAAGCAUGAGGUGUUUACACUUCAUUUCCUGUUCCUCUUCUCUAUUUCCCAUCAUCAGUUUGUCCAAAGGCACUCCUCCGUUGCAUCGCACAUUUUGCAGAAUGUCAUUAUUACAGCAGGAUUACACAAUUUAAUCAGUAUAAUUAGGGGCACCAUGCACAAGAUGUUAGGUUGACCUUAUUGGCAGGUCACUUUUGAACCAUUGUUUGAAGCAGACGGUGGUUUAAUGCGAACAAGCAGAGUGCUCUUGCACGUUCUUCAAAGUUUCCCGCAGUGUUCCUCCCUUGCUUGCAGACAAAAGAAGCCACAGUCUGGCUUGCUAUGUCAUCAAGACCUGGGCUCAUUUGUUUCUUCCAAACAAGCCACAAGCAGUAACCAAGGUUUUUUCUUGGCUGAUCUCCGGGGGGGGGGGGACCAAGCCCAGGUCUGGAUGACACAACAGCUCUUGCUUGCUUAGUCCACUAAGGUGAGCAGCUUCCUGCUGCUCUCUCACAUGAAACCAAUGUUCAUUAAAAACAAUGUUUUAUGCUUCAAUGUGACUUGCAAACUGGACCACUAUGAAGCUGGAAUAUUUAUUUGUGAAAGCUGUCUUUUGCUAAAUUUUCAGACACUAAACUGAAAAAUUCGGCAAUAGCUUCUUAAAAAAGAAACUUUGCAAAGUGCUUGGCUAGACUGCGGGAAAGGAUCGUACCGUUUAAGAAACUUGGAAAAAAUUUUGUUUAGUCAUGUCUGACUCUUCGUGACCCCAUGGACCAGAGCACGCCAGCCACUCCUGUCUUUCACUGCCUCCCACAGUUUGGUCAAACUCAUGUUAGUAGCUUCGAGAACACUGUCCAACCAUCUCGUCCUCUGUCGUCCCCUUCUCCUUAUGCCCUCCAUCUUUCCCAACAUCAGGGUCUUUUCCAGGGAGUCCUCUCUUCUCAUGAGGUGACCAAAGUAUUGGAGCACUCCAGUGAGCACUCAGGGCUGGUUUCCUUAAAAAUGGAGAGGUUUGAUCUUCUUGCAGUCCAUGGGACUCUCAAGAGUCUCCUCCAGCACCCUAAUUCAAAAGCAUCAAUUCUUUGGCGAACAGCCUUCUUUAUGGUCCAGCUCUCACUUCCAUACAUCACUACUGGGAAAACCAUAGCUUUAACUAUACAGACCUUUGUCAGCAAGGUGAUGUCCUCUUUUUAAGAUGCUGUCUAGGUUUGUCAUUGCUUUUCUCCCAAGAAACAGGCGUCUUUUAAUUUCGUGACUGAUGUCACCAUCUGCAGUGAUCAUGGAGCCCAAGAAAGUAAAAUCUCUCACUGCCUCCAUUUCUUCCCCUUCUAUUUGCCAGGAUGUGAUGGGACCAGUGGCCAUGAUGCUAGGGUUUUGUUUUGUUUUGUUUUUUGGAAAAAAUAGAGGGUUCUAAAUGAAAUGGAUUCAACAAGCAUGAAGUUGGAAGAAACCUUGUAAGAACUUUUUCAAUGAAUUUUUUGCUUUGAAAGCAUCCUUCCCCAUCCCCCACCCCAAACAUUUUGAAUAAGUAAGUUGAUGGUUUUGACAAGGGCAUUAAUGUAGUGUUAAUUUUGAGCCACAGAUAAGCUAUCAUCCAUCAAAUGCCGGUACCUAAAUCAAUAACGUGGUUGCUUCAAGCUGUUUAAACUUGAACUCUGGCUGUUCCCAAAGUAUUUUUGUGGUUAUCUAUUUACUUAAGAACACUUCUGUAGGAUAAGCUCCUUAAGGCACACCAUCUGGCUUAUAAAGGAACAAAGAGUGAAAGCUUUUGACAGGGAAGUAGCAUUAAUCAUGUUUGUUCUUUGUUGUGAUGUCACAACACAGCACUUCUUAUAAGUAAUAAUAACAUUUUUGAGACUAAGAAUUCAUGCUGCAAGUUGUAAUCUGAAGCUGCAUUUGUGCUUAAUUGUUAGACUAAUAUAUAAUUAUCACUACUGUACUACGGGGCCCCCUCUUACUUGGAUUUUAACCUUGUUUUCCUAUUGCAAACGUUGGUGUUUGUGCUGUCUCUUAAUGCUGCUCCUUCACAGUCAGAGACAGUAAUGUUUCUGAAUACCGGUUGCUGAAAACACUGGGAGAGUGUUCUUGUUCUUGGGUCUUGCUUGCAGGUUCCCCAUGGAUAUCUGAUUGGCUACUGUGAGAUGCUGAACUAGAUGGGUCAUUGGUCAGAUCAAGCAGGCUCUUACGUUCUUGUGUCUAACUGAUGCCUUCAGUAGCCACAUUGAUUUGCUAGAUUCUUUAUUCUGCAAGACAAAGGCCUCUGAACCUGAAUCCAUAGCAUGCAAAGACAAUGGGUGAUAGUCCAGCUAAGUCAUACUUGGAGUUAGUUGGCAUCCAUCUGUCUUGAAAUACAAAGGAGUGCAUCUCUGGAGGUGAAGUCAAACCUCUGCAUUGCAGCCCCAAAGUGACCUCCCUGGGUUGCAAGCCUGGGCAAUGUGUAUGGAGGUCCUGGACUGCCCAGAUGGACGGACCGCUUGGCCUCGCUGAUGUGGUCCAAAGGAAAGCGGAACAAUGUUUGGCACCAGCUUGGCUGCGGGAGUUGUACAGGGAUACGUUGGGUACCUCCCAACAGGUGAUGGUGAUAAUUGGUUGUGUGUUGAAGUGACGCUUACAUUCUUAAAAUAGUUUUUUUUUUUUUUAAAUCAACAAACUUGAAUCUCUCUUGCAGAGACCAGAAAACCCUCAAGAGUGAAGGUCCGCAUGUUGCAAUAUGAGGGCAAGGCCAUGUUGGCUCACUUCUUGAUAUUUCAUAACUCUGCAUAUUUAUGCACCAAGAUACUUAAAUCUAUUUCAUGUUCUUAAUCCACAUCUAGGUUUGACAAUGAUAAAGUCAUUGCAUACAUUUUUCUUUCUUCGCAAUUUAAGGGUGUUUCUCCCCUCCCUCCCAGGCAAGGGGGGUGGUAUUGUUGCCAAAGCCUCCAUAUUUCUGGAAUGUCACCUCUAGCAUCAUACAAAGUGGACUUCACUUGCAGAUUUGCUUCUUGCAGUUUAUAACACUGUCAUACCUAAGAUCAUUUUGGGGCAAUGCAUACAAACACUGCCAACCCAAACAUGGAAGAGCUUGCAUGUGUGGUGGUUGGUUGGUUGGUUGGUUGGUUGCGUGUGUUGUGUUUUCUUUUCAGCACACUAGGGUUUAGCUGAAUCAUACAAAGUAAGGGGAAAUAAAAUGCUUCUGAACUUGGAAUACCUUCUCAUGUGCCACAGAGUAACCAUGGUAACCACAUAUCUAGCAUCUCUUGUCAAUACCUUUGCCUAUUCGCUGGGCAUGAAAACUUCCACUGUUAAACAUCCUUAGAUGACUGAGACUGGUUUUCAGAUUUGCUCAGAGUAGACACACUGAAAUUAAUGCACAUGACUUAAGUUAGGUCCAAUAGUUUCAGCGUGGGUCUUCUCAGAGUAAAACUUGGUUAGUUUUCAAUCAAAUCCCUCCUGUGCUUCAGAGCAAUUCCUCCAGAAAUAGGUUUUUGUUCUCUAUUUCCAGUAGGAUGGUCAUGAAUGAUGAUGGUUGCUAGAUCAUCAUAAUAUUUGUUGUGCAGGAUGAGGCAGCAACAAAUAUGCCACUGAGCUAGAACUCACCUUGAUGUUGUUGAUAGACCCUGGUUUAAAACUCUCAGAGAUAGAGGAGUUUCAGGGUUUUCUGCUUCAUUUGUAAGAAAACUGACCUAAUUCACGACUCCCAGACCAAUACAUGGAUCAGAAUGUAAUUAUCUUUUGUGCUUCUUCAAAAAUUUCCGAUAAAGUAUGUAAAAAGAAAUUAAAAAACACGAUAGAAUAUACAAUUCAAUAUAUAUUUUAAAUAUAUUUUUUCAUAUACUGUAUACAAAUGCACACAAUUGACAUAUGAAUGAACACCUGCAAAAAUGAGAAGAGACCAGAAAUACUCUUCCAUCCCUAACACCUGCGCACCUAGCUCUUUGUUUCGUGAGAAGUGUGCCUGGCAUUUUUGAGCUACUGUGCUGAAAUAGCCUAUAAGUGUCCAAGAAGAAUCCAACAUCAGCUACUUCAUCCUGAGGGAGGAGUGGAGAGGAAUAUUUCUGAGAUUCUUCCCACCCCUGUGCUUUAAACAACCUUUUGCAAUGGUUUAAGAUGCUUGCCUGUAUCUCUUUACAAAAAUUCUUUGUCUUUUCAAAUAAUACUAUUCUUGUGAUGAGUGUUGAAAAGUACCACUCCUGAUACUCAUUGUGUGAGACACAGAUUGGCCUUGUACCUGGGAUGGGCUGUGUGAAGAUGGCUACAAAGGCAGAGAAGAACUGUGGGAGCAGUGCCGGAUUUACACAUAAGCUAAACAAGCUAUAGCUUGGGGCCCCACUCUCUUGGGGGCCCCCCAAAAUUUUCACCAUUAAUAUACUACUUCUUAAUUGUAUUUCAGUUCAACAAUUACUUUGAUAAAAUACGUAUUUUGUUAUGUGCAAAUGGCUUUAGAUACCUAUUAGGUCCAUAAAUUACCAUAUAGCAUAUAUUCAACACAAAAAACAGCGACAAUUUGUCGUUGACAAAGGACAGCUGGACAUAUAAAGGGCCCCAUUACCUUGAGGAGCUUAGGGCCUCAUCAAACCUAAAUCCAGCCCUGUGUGGGAGAGGCAUGACUGGUUCAGUGCCAUUAUCAAAAAGCAAAACAAAAACAAAACCAUCCUGCAAGGAUGCCAAAGAAACAGAAUCCAUUGUAGAGCUUCACAGAAUUGAAAGAAGCCCAGCAUACCUGCCUCAUGAAGUUGCCAGCAGGCUAGCAUAUCUGGGAGUUGUGUAUGAACAAGGUGACACACAUUUUGUUUAUUUAAGGCAUUGUUUACUGUAAAAAACCUGAAUUUUUUUUUAGCUAGGCACGACCCAUGAGGUGGGGUGAAGAGCCUGCCUCAGGCAGUGUAAGUGCAGAAGGCAGCGUUCUAUGGCGUUGCCACUCAUCUUCCCUGCCUCAGGGGGGAGAAGCUGAACAGCAACACUUGGGAAAGCGCCUGGCUCCCACUGAGUUCAGUGAGAACCGGGAGGCGAUGGUGGGACUGGAGGCGGCAAUUCCCGUUUUGCCUCAGGCGGCAAAACAGGACAGGCCGCCCCUGGGUUCAGAUGAGGCCAUGGAAACGGAUGCAAAUGAUGAUUGAUCCUGAAUGGUACACAUGUACAUGUAAGUCAGCCAACAUGUGUGCUGUUCUACAGUGACCUGCACACUUCAUAUUUAAACCACUCUUUCCAUUUCUCCUUCCCAUUAUUAAGACAUAUGCCCAUACAACUACGCAGAGCAGCAACCUCAGGCCUGUUCUAUGUAGAAGGAUAGGGAAAUGCAGAAUAUUUAUUGGGAAUGUUAUUUUUAAAGGAAUCUAUGAGUAAUUGAUGCUUUUGAAUUAUGGUGCUGGAGGAGACUCUUGAGAGUCCCAUGGACUGCAAGAAGAUCAAACCUAUCCAUUCUGAAGGAAAUCAGCCCUGAGUGCUCACUGGAAGGACAGAUCCUGAAGGUGAGGCUCCAAUACUUUGGCCACCUCAUGAGAAGAGAAGACUCCCUGGAAAAGACCCUGAUGUUGGGAAAGAUGAAGGGCACAAGGAGAAGGGGGGGACAGAGGACGAGAUGGUUGGACAGUGUUCUCGAAGCUACCAGCAUGAGUUUGACCAAACUGCGGGAGGCAGUAGAAGACAGGAGUGCCUGGCGUGCUCUUGUCCAUGGGGUCACGAAGAGUCGGACACGACUAAACAACAACAACAACAUGAGUAACAGUCCUCACCCCUCACCAAGUUUCAAUCAGUUAAAAUGUUGGGCUGUAUUCAGCUAACGCAGGCUUCCUCAACCUCGGCCCUCCAAAUGUUUCGAGACUACAAUUCCCAUCAUCCCCAACCACUGGUCCUGCUAGCUAGGGAUCAUGGGAGUUGUAGGCCAAAAACAUCUGGAAGGCCGAGUUUGAGGAAGCUUGAACUAAUGUUUACCUAGAAUAAACCCAUUAAAAUUAAUGGGACUACGUUAAUCAUAGCCACUCCUUUCUUGAAUAAAAGUUAGCUGAAUGCAAACCCCCCCCCAAAAAAAACCCUCUUAGGAACAAGUGAGCAGUAGCGCUGUAGAAUCCACAGUAUAUUUCUCCUAACUGUACCAUAAACCUAAAGGUUUAUCUAGGGAGGAGAUUCAUUGGCCUCUUCCUUCUGUAUAGCUCUGCUAAAAUAGUAGCCCUUUUUUCCCCCCCGUCCUUCACAUAAAAGAAAAAAGCCCACUGGAAGCCGUGCAAUAAAUUCAUUCCUAACAGCUAAUCAAUAUUACUGCCUGAAAGUUUCAACACAAAUUACUUCCACUCUGGGUUUCUUAGCUUAGUGCAAGAUUCCUGAUUGUUGUGAGUUUGGUUUCUGGUUUGGCCACCUGCUACACCCGCUAUGGUUGGAGGCAUAUUUUGUCUGUGUGCCUUUUUAUCAUCAAUAGACAUUCCUAUUUUUAUCAUUUUCUGCAUACAAUUGUUUUAUAAUUCCUAACAGAUUAUGUUCCAUGUUUUGAAAUUAACUCCAGUACAUUUGUCCGUUGAUCUUCAAUGAAUUCUUUAGUAGUAUUUAAUGUGAUUAUAGGUACAGGAAUUUAAGGAUUUUGUUGUGGUUGUGUGGUUUUUUGACUUUUUUGUCCCCUCCUCACCCUUUCCUCUUCAGCCCUUCUGUGAUUUCCCACUCAGUCGCCGUGUUCCUCCAUUCUAUCCCAUGUUCUUUAUCAGGCAAAAGAAUAUUUGUUGGCUGAUGCCCAAGUCGGGCUCUAGUGCUGUUCAGGGUGGAUUUGAUUUAAAUCAAAUUUAUUUAAAUCAUAAUUUAAAUCACUAGUCAGUAAGACUUGAUUUGAAACAUUUUUUAUUUUAUCUUUACAGAAAGAUUGAUUCUUGCUGGUAUAAUCUUAAUAUUUACAACCAGGUAAAGGUUUAAUUUUUGGAAUACUUGUAAUAAAUUUUCAGAGCUGUUUUUACAGUUAUAUCAAAAAUUAUUGAUUUGGUUAUACUAUUAUAAAUACAUAGACAGAUAAUUAUGAAAUUAUUGUGAGGUUUAAUAAGUUAACUGUUUAUAUUUGGACAACUUUUCUGCUGUACUUUAUUGGAAAGAGAAAAAUAAUCAUUUCCUUAAUAACAAAUUAUUUAACUAAAACAAUAACAUUAUAGCGUAUGUAUCCAUGUUUGUUAACUGAUGUGGUUAAACAAUUUAAAAAAAACCCUUAGACUGAGUUUUAGCACACAUGAAAAACUUAAAACAAAUCCUUAUUUCCUGAUGGAUAGCCUUUGGACUAUAAUGUAACUUAAAUGGAAAACUAUCCUUAGAAAGAUUUUUCCUCCAAAAGCAUUUUGUUUUAAAAAUCUAAUUUAAAUUUUAAAAAUCCGAUUUAAGUAAAAAAAAUAAAUCUGAUUUUUAUUUAUUUUUUAAAUCGUUGAUUUUUAUCCAGCCUUGUGCUGUUAGAUGCUUGAAUGUCACUCCUGAAGGUCUUUCCUUUACAUCUUCCUUUUUUUUUUUUUUAAUAAUUUUUAUUAAAGUUUUAAACAAAGAAAAAAGAAAAAGCAACACACACACAAAAACAAUACAAAAUUUAACAAUAGAAACACACAACAUAACAAUUUAAAACAAACUCUCUUUUACAUUCCCAAUUUUGAAUUACUUAUUUUCUGGACUUCCUCAUACCUCCCUCUUUUGUAUUCCAAUCUACAUUAUUUGUCCAGCAGUUUCUUUUCCACUUUUUUAAACCCAAUCUUUAAUUUAAUGAAAUAUUAAACUAUAUAGCUUCAGCUUUUUUAAACAUAAUCCUUGUUCUUAAUGUCAUAUACCUUUAAAUUUUUCCCUUUUAUUAUCAAAUUUCCAUUUCUUUAAACAUCUUUAAUCUUAAUCUUUAAUCUUAAUCUAUCCUUAGCUUUAACCUGUACAGCUGGAAACCACUUAUUUUCAAUCCAACAUCACUCUAACAUUCCUUAAUUUUGCAGUGUUUCUGAAGAUAGUCUUUGAAUUUCUUCCAAUCUUCCUCCAUCGACUCUUCUCCCUGGUCACGGAUUCUGCCAGUCAUUUCCGCCAAUUCCAUGUAGUCCAUAAGUUUCAUCUGCCAUUCCUCCAGCGUGGGAAGUUCUUGUGUCUUCCAAUACUUUGCGAUGAGUAUUCUUGCUGCUGUUGUUGCAUACAUAAAGAAAGUUCUAUCCCUUUUUAACACCAUUUGGCCCACUAUGCCUAGGAGAAAGGCCUCUGGUUUCUUGGGGAAGGUAUACUUAAAUACCUUUUUUAGUUCAUUAUAUAUCAUUUCCCAGAAAACCUUAAUCUUUGGGCACGUCCACCAAAGGUGAAAAAAUGUACCUUCAGUUUCUUUACAUUUCCAACAUUUGUUAUCGGGCAAGUGAUAGAUUUUCGCAAGCUUGACUGGGGUUAUGUACCACCUGUAUAUCAUUUUCAUAAUAUUCUCUCUUAAGGCAUUACAUGCCGUAAAUUUCAUACCAGUGGUCCAUAACUGUUCCCAGUCAGCAAACAUAAUGUUGUGUCCUACGUCCUGUGCCCAUUUAAUCAUAGCCGAUUUUACCGUUUCAUCUUGAGUAUUCCAUUUCAGCAGCAAGUUAUACAUUCUUGACAGAUUCUUGGUAUUGGGUUCUAACAAUUCUGUUUCUAAUUUUGAUUUUUCCACCUGGAAGCCAAUUUUCCUGUCUAAUUUAAAUGCCUCCAUUAUUUGAUAAUAAUGAAGCCAGUCUCGCACUUUGUUUUUAAUUUUUCAAAACUCUGCAAUUUCAGUCUAUCUCCGUCUUGUUCCAAAAUUUCCCAAUAUUUCGGCCAUUUGACCUCCAUAUUGACCCUUUUCAAGGCUUUCGCUUCCAUUGGUGACAGCCACCUUGGGGUUUUAUUUUCUAGCAAAUCCUUAUAUCUAAUCCAAACAUUAAAUAAUGCUUUCCUGACAAUGUGGUUUUUAAAUGCUUUGUGUGCUUUGACCUUAUCAUACCAUAAAUAUGCAUGCCAUCCAAAUACAUUAUUGAAACCUUCCAAAUCCAAAAUGUCAGUGUUUUCAAGAAGUAGCCAUUCUUUCAACCAGCAAAAAGCUGCUGAUUCAUAGUAAAGUUUGAGGUCUGGCAGGGCAAAUCCACCUCUUUCCUUUGCAUCUGUUAGUAUUUUAAAUUUUAUUCUAGGUUUCUUGCCCUGCCAGACGAAUUUAGAAAUAUCUUUCUGCCACCUCUUGAAACAGUCCACUUUGUCAACAAUCUGCAAAGUUUGAAACAAAAACAACAUUCUAGGCAAUACAUUCAUUUUUAUCGCAGCAAUACGGCCUAGCAGUGAAAGCUUCAAGUUUGACCAAAUUUCUAAAUCUUUUUCACUUCUGACCAACAUUUUUCAUAGUUGUCUUUAAAUAAAUUCCCAUUUUUUUGCUGUCAUAUUAAUCCCCAGGUAUUUAACUUUCUUAACCACUGUUAACCCUGUCUCAUUCUGAAACCUCUCUCUUUCAAAUGGUGUUAAAUUUUUCUCUAAAACCUUGGUUUUUAAUUUGUUCAAUUUAAAUCCUGCCACUUGACCAAAUUCUUGAAUCAGUUCUAAAACCCUUUUUGUACUAGAUUCUGGCUCCUGUAACGUCAAUACUAAGUCAUCUGCAAAAGCUCUCAAUUUAUAGUGUUUAGUUCCGACCUGUAUACCUUUAACCAACUGGUCCCUUCUAAUCAUGUUCAGCAACACCUCCAGGACCGAAAUAAAAGAAGAGGGAAAUUGGGCACCCUUGUCGUGUCCCUUUUUCAAUUUUAAGUUCUUCCGUCACAACGUUAUUUACAAUUAGUUUAGCCUUUUGUUCAGAAUAAAUUGCACCUAUACCAUUCUCAAAACCUUGGCCUACCCCCAUACCCUGAAGAUUCUUCUUCAUAAAAUUCCAAGAAAUAUUGUCAAAGGCUUUCUCCGCGUCUACAAAUAUCAACACUGCUUUAGUGUUUAUAUUCACUUCUAAUUUUUCCAAAAUAUCAAUUAUAUUCCUUAGGUUAUCGGACAAGUGUCUUCUUGGGAGAAAGCCCGCUUGGUCUUGAUGAAUCUCUUCCAACAGCACUUUUUAAAAUCUCUUCGCCAAAAUAUCUGCAAAAAUUUUGUAAUCCACAUUAAGUAAUGAUAUUGGGCGGUAGUUCUUUAGUUGAGUCUUUUCAGCCUCUGUUUUUGGUACAAGUGUAAUAUAUGCUUCUUUCCACGACUCUGGUGCCCUCCUCCCCUCCAUUAUUUCGUUACAGACCUCUUUCAAUGGUUGAAUUAACCAGUCUUUUAAGGCUCUGUAGUAUCUAGAGGUCAAACCGUCUGGGCCUGGAGAUUUACCCAGUUGCAUAUUUUGAAUGGCACCUUUCCUUUACAUCUUCCUUAUCCAGUGGAAUCCAAGGUGUUGAACAAGCCUUGGGCUCAUCUGGUGAGAGAAGAAGGCUACUCUUCUUCCUAGACAAUAACUGAUGGAGAUAGAGGUUAUUACUUGAGCUGAUGAUAGGCCUUCCCCCAAGGGAACCAGCUGACAGAAGCUAGUGACUUUCCACUGUCACCUCAGCAGAGCAUCUCGCUUCUCCUCUCAGACCUCUCUGUUCCAUAUGGUCUUGGAUCCUUCUCCUAUAUAUACUGAGCCAGUGUGGUGUAGUGGUUAAGAGCAAUAGUCUCGUAAUCUGGGUUCGCGUCUCCGCUCCUCCACAUGCAGCUGCUGGCUGACCUUGGGCUAGUCACACUUCUUUGAAGUCUCUCAGCCCCACUCACCUCACAGAAGUGUUUGUUGUGGGGGAGGAAAGGAGAAUGUUAGCAGCUUUGAGACACCUUAGGGUAGUGAUAAAGCGGGAUAUCAAAUCCAAACGCUUCUUCUUCUCUUCUCAGACCUCUCAGUUCCAUAUGGUCAUGGAUCCUUCUCCUACAUAUACUGUGGACUUUGGUCAGGAAGGAGGUGCCUGCUGAGCCCCAGAGUAGUUGAUUACCUAUGAAAGCUUAUACUAUUUCUGUAUUUUGCUUCGUUUUUUAUUGGUGCUGUUGACUUCAGACCGUUCAACAACAACAAAAAGGUGCAGGAGAAAUUCUACUUUUAUUAUAGAAUGAUUCCAAAACUGCCUUGAUUGAGCCUGUGUUGUAUAAUGCUUAAGGCAAUGGAGUGAAUGGAAGUCAAGAAAUCAGAUCAGUUUUGCCAAUUCCUUCCAUGCCACAGAAUUGAAGCAAGGAUACUUAUUUACUCUAGUAAAAUGCUGAAGGAGGUGAACAAUUAUCUUUUGUUUUCUGCCCAUACUGUUUUAAGUCUGAAAGCUUGGCUGGAAGCAACCUGUAUUUUUCAUUUAUUUAUUUACUUGGAAGCAUUUCUAAACCACUUAAUAUUUCAAAAAAAUUCCAAGCAGUCUGCACCAUAAAAGCAAUAUUCAUCGUUGCUGUUGUUGUUGUUUAGUCAUUUAGUCGUGUCUGACUCUUUGUGACCCCACGAACCAGAGCACGCCAGGCACUUCUGUCUUCCACUGCCUGCCGCAGUUUGGUCAAACUCAUGCUGGUAGCUUCGAGAACACUGUCCAACCAUCUCGUCCUCUGUCGUCCCCUUCUCCUUGUGCCCUCAAUAUUUCCCAACAUCAGGGUCUUUUCCAGGGAGUCUUCUCUUCUCAUGAGGUGGCCAAUUUUGUGUGGGACAAUUUUUGAAUGUUCUGUCAAAAACUCCACAAAAAGAGCAAUAGAAAACCCAACAAGAAGUCUAGCACAUUCUUUCCGGCUCUUGUUUUCACUUGCAGAUUAUUAUUAUUUUCAUAUUUUGGUGGGGGCAGCAGCACAAUGGUGCUGUCUAUUUUGCCACUUUAGGCUUCUGCCAUCUUGUUUAAUUUAUCUUGCUGCAUUAGUCACAUUAGAAAGACAAAGCAUUAGUUUGUUGUGCACAUCUUGCGGAUGUGUGUAUUAGACCUGACUUUCAUCUUCGGGAAGUGGUAAAGAUUUGUACAUUUGACCCCUUGGGCCGACUUGUCUUCAGCAUUGUGUCUUUAUCCAAUUGCACAUUCUUGCCAAGAUAAUGCGAUUGCGCUCCCCAAAGCAUAUUACAAAGAGCAAUAAGUAUUUCUUUUGCAUCUGUCUCUCUCUCCCAUUCUCCAGCUGGUAAACAACUUGAUUAACUGCCCCACGCCCACUGGUAUCGAAUAGGAUGACACUAUUCAUCUUUAUCAAAUGAAAUUGUACACUGCUUAACAGCAAUUUAUUAACUUCUAUUUGCAAAUGCAUUGGUUGUCGGCGAGAUGAAUUUGGAUGUGUUAAGAGGACUGGUGGAAUGCAAUCAUCAAAAGCGUUUGGUAAGCCCUCUCAUUGGCUAGUAAGCUUAGAUCUGCAGUUCUGGGGAAGAGGCAACCAGUUUGAAGCCACACUGACUAGCUCUUCUCUACCAGUUGAUCUGCUUCCAAGGCCUCAUGCUGAGUUUUUGCACCCGUUCCUGCUUCUUUCAUUGCAGCAGAGCCAUAGAGCAAAAGUUCCCAAACUUAUUUGGCCUUAUCAACCCCUUUUCCAAAAAAUAAAAAAAAUUAUUUGGUGCCCCUGGAAAAAAUCUACAUUCUUUAAACAAGCAAACAGAAAGCUGCAAUGACAAAUUUGUGUUCUUUUAUGUAUCUGUGUUUCUAACCUAUGUCCAACAACACAGGAAAGAAAUAUGCUGCUGUCAAUAAGACACCUUGAAGCUUGGAAAUUAUAAAAUCGUUUAUUAAAAUCAACCAUAUUAACAUUCACAUUACAGGCAGGAAAUUAAGAUGAUGAAGGAUAUUAAAAUAAAAAAUAUGAAUAACUUUUUAAAAAUAACCCUUAUGAGAAGGAUGAGCCUGGUGCACUGCUAUCAAUUUGGGGGGGGGGGGAAAUUAAUCACUACAAAUUUAACUCAGUUGCAUUGGUAAGCAUUGUUACACAACAGAUGAAACAUGUACGAACAAUGUUUCAAAAUUUUCUUCUUUAUGCUUCCACUGCCCCCUUAAUUUUUUUCAACGCUCCCCAAUUGUAAACGAGGCUUCUACCACCCCACCCCCCCAGUGCUACCUCCUGUGCUACAACAAUGCUAACUCCCCAAGGAUGAAAUAUGCAUGCUACUUCUACUAUGGCAGAAGUCUUGCUGUAUGUCAAGGUGUAGAAUAUUAAUGUGUACAAUAUAACACAGAGAAAUAUUUUUAAAACUUUAAUUUAUUACCAGAAGAGCUGAGUGUGUGUGUUUUAAAGGAAUUAAAUUUACCAGGCACCAGUAAUUUUCUUUUAUUAGCUCGUAUCAAUGUCAUAGCUGCACUUGAAACAGGAACUGCCUUGGCUUUCUGAAGUCUUUCAGGUUCUUCCUACAAAUUAUCUUUUGAUGGUUUUAAAACACAUUGAGAUAAAUGUGAAUGAUAUAGGAUGUCUUACUGCCUUCAAGUCCAGAAAUUGUACAUCACCUUGGCUGACUCCCAGAAAGGCAAGUGAAUGAUAAAUAAAUAUUGGGCCCUUUAACAUCCCGAUGUGCUAGGAAUAUCUUUUUAAAUGGGAAACCUUACGAAAUUAUUUUGGAGUGCGAUGAGAGUUAAUGACCUGCAGCCCAAUCAUAUCCAUUUUUAUUUGGAAGCUAGUCGGAUUGAUUUUUGUGUGUGCUUUCAAGUAAGCUAUAUGCUUAGAACUGCAGUUAUUUCCCUUUACCUGAUUCUAGCCCACCUUGUCCCAGGGACUUAAAGGAGGAGAAAAAAAAAGAGCAAGUAGCAGAUACUUGCUUAUUCUGAAGGCUUGUAGUUUAAUAUGAUACAGUGAAGACUAGGUUAUUAGCUCGCUUUGUUAAUGCUGAGUUUCUUUAAAAAUGGGACGCUGGGGAGUCAAUUAGAGCCGAACCAAAACAAUCUUGCGUUUAAUUUUUUUUGCUUUUGUUGUCAAAAAGGCCCUUCUGUUUUUCUGUGUGCUUUCAACCGCCCCCUUGAAACUUUAGAUUUGUCAAAGCCCAGGGACUGCGCAUUCCUUCCUGAGCCUUUAAAAUUUUAGCAUAUGGCGGUGUGAUUUACCGUAUUUUUUGCUCUAUAAGACUCACUUUUUCCCUCCUAAAAAGCAAGGGGAAAUGUGUGUGCGUCUUAUGGAGCGAAUGCAGGCUGCGCUGCUAUCACAGAAGCCAGAACAGCAAGAGGGAUUGCUGCUUUCACUGCGCAGCGAUCCCUCUUGCUGUUCUGGCUUCUGAGACUCAGAAUAUAUUUUUUAUUUUUUUCCUCCUCCAAAAACUAGGUGCGUCUUGUGGUCUGGUGUGUCUUAUAGAGCAAAUAAUACGGUAAAUCCCCUUUGCACUGGACUGGUGGGGUGGGGGAAUAGAUCAUUGGAUUGGGGAAAGGUUCUUUCUACCUGACCCUCCCAACCUCUUCCAGCUUCGCCCUACCAGUUCUCCAUUCCACGUCAUGACUGUGUAGGUGGGCAGAACAAAGAGCUGACCCCCACUGUUGCUACAUUAUUUGGCAUUGGGCUCAGUCCAAGCCUAAUCUAGCAUUUGCCUGCCUUCCACCAUGGUGUAAGCAAUGGGGCUGUGGAUGGGGUGGUGGCCCCACUGCUCAGUUAAGCCCCUACUGGUCAGGGUUUGGAUUGCACAGAAAGAGUGGCUGCGCUGCAAACUGGAAGAAACUACUCUCAUUCGUAGAGCACUGGCAAAGUUAUGUGGCAUAGAAUGCUAAUGCUGUAUAUAAAAUGUUUUAUAAGAUCCUGUCUGUGGGAUCUGCCAAAAAAGAAAAAGAAAAACAAUUUUAUUGAAUGUUGGGGAAAAGAUCUUGAAAGCCUUUUCAACAAACAGGAAGAUAAGAUUUUUAGGAAGCUUACUGUUAAAGCUAGUGAAAGUAAAGUUGUAGUUAUGCUUUUCCUUAAUACCUGUCUUUUUAAUUAUUUUAAAUAUUGAUCAUCUUGCUGUUCAGACAAAUUCACUACGUAUUUUGUGACUGCAGUGUAUUAUGAAACAAUGAAACAUAAGCACUUAACAACCGAUUCUAAAAUCCAACUAAACAGAGAGCCAUCAGACAAUUAAGAUAAAUUGAAAUUAGCAACAGAAUCAGUCAGUCCCGUUGAAGUUCCCUAAAAUAGCAAAGUUUUUGCUUGGUGUUUUAAGUAUCACAAAGUAGAUGCUGAUGGAGUGGCCAGGUGAGAGAGACCUAUGAUGAAGGAGCUACUGCUAAGAAGGCCCUAUCCCUGGUUGCCACCCACCUUACCUCAAACAUGACUGGGCUUUUUGUCCUUAUUUUGCCAGUUUCCAUGGUCACUUUGUGCAUGUAUGGACUCUCAGCACCCUGCCCACCCUCAUCCAUGCACUUGCAAGGAUCCAUCUGAAUUGCAAUUCCCCCAUAAAAUAGAAACUUUACCCGUCAAGAACGUGCGGUGUACUCCCAGAGGGAAGAAACCAGACUUGGACAAACAAAAUGCAAUUUCAUAUCUUGUGUGGUUGUCAGUUAGAGGCAGAGGUCAUCCCCUUUGGGGCCUCUUCAUUGGCCAUUUUGGUUCUCCCUUAACAGAGGAGCAUGGCAACCUACACAGGUACACCGAGACUCCUUAGUCUCUCGCAGGACAUUCAAGGCUUCUGGAGCCAUGGAUGAUGAUCUUGUAGCAACCUUGCUGCUGUAAACUGGUGAUGGUGCUUGGAUGUCCACAACAGCCCAGGCAAAGCUACCUUUUGUGGUCAGGCUUGGAACUGUCCCUGCAGCCUUCUUUCCUACAGCCUGAGGGAGUCUGAAAAAUGUAUAUUGCAUAGAUCUUGUUUGCUCAGAGAACUAUUUUAAAACACCAAUCCCCAGAGAGGGGCAUAUAAUAUUCGGAUUCUCAUUCACUCUUUCUCCUGUUUGCUCUGCUAUGUAAUGAGGAAAACCUGUAAUCUAGUAGAUGAUUCAGCAGAGGACAGUCUUGUUCCUUCCUUUCCCCCUCUUUCUUCAUUUGGGGAACAAGACACCUUAAAUCAUGCUGCUGUUUGUUUAUUGACUCUAAGACAUUUGCACAGCUAGACUUCAAGCAUUUAUGCUUUAGUGUAGCAGCUAUAUGAAAAUAAUGUUUAUUUAAUCAAAGCUUUACUACAGUACAGUCUUGUUCAUUGAGUGUUACUGCAGGGAAACAGAGCAGUGUGUUUUCCUCAGUUUGUAUACCACAAAGCAGCCUCCUGUUUGAAUUGUUCCCGUUGUUGUUCCCAUAAGCACUUUUGCAGCCAUCAAAUAAUUUUAUUUAUUUAAAAUAUGUGUAUGCCUCACAACUCAGUCCCUAAAUGGUAUUCGGUAAGGUUAAAAACAUAAAAUAAAAUCAGCUAAAGCAAGCCAUGUAAUCAGAAAACAUAGCUAAAAUGCCUGCUUAAAAAAGAAAGAAAGUCUUCAAUAGUAUAGCUCAGUCGGUAGAGCGUGAGACUCUCUAACCUCAGGAUUGUGGGUUCAAGCCCCACAUUGGGCAAAAAGAUUCCUGCAUUGUAGGGGGUUGGACUAAAUGACCCCCAGGGUCCCUUCCAAAUCUAUGAUUCUAUAAGGCACCAGAAGUUUAGGGUGGGGGCCCACAGUACUGGAUAUGUGGUGCCUGGUGGGCAAAAGGAGGCAAAAGAGUUUGUAGUUUACCUGUAAGGUAUCUGUAUCCCCCCCCCCCAUAGUAAGUUGGGGAAGUGAAUAAUGUACACUAAAGGUACACUAAAGUGCAGCUAUUUCCCUUAUCCACAAGAUGGCAGUAAUCUUCAAUUUUGUUCCUGCAGAGGGCAGUGCUGGCAGGUGCAGGCUCACUUCCCACAGCCAUCUCACUGUUGUCAUCAGUGUUAAACUGUUCUACGCUGCGAAUGCGUGAUCUUCUCCUCAGAGACAGGGAUCACAUUAGCAGCCUGUGGAAUGUACUGAUUUAGGCUGAAGGUUCUGCAGAAGCCAGGCUGACUCUGAUGUGUGUGAUCUUGUGGCAGUGUGAAAACCCUGGGGUAGAAGCUAUCUGGAAGCCUACAGCAGAUAACAUUUACAAAAAGAAGUUGUUCUUCGAGAAGAAAAACCUUAAGCAGUUCUGAGAGUGUUGGUUUUUAAGGGGAUAUUCUUCCUGCCUUGUUUAAUUCCAGGGGGAAAGGUAAUUUUGUACUGUAUUUCAUUCGCUUUUUAGGGUGAUCGUGAAACAUUCACAAAAUAGGACAUUUAGGGACGUUCACCAUAAAUGUCUGUAUUUGCUUUUUACUGAUUUGACACCCCCUUCAGUUUGUUUCACCUUGCAGUGCAUUUGUGUUGCCGUUCCAGAUUCGGUGUGCGUUAUUGCUACUAAAAGCUUCCCAUUGCUAUUUUGAGAUAAGUGUCCCCUUCACUACUCAAGCCUGUCAAUCUCAGCCAGUUCUAGAAUUUGAAAUAAAUGGGGGGAGAUAGAAAACUGAACAUUUUAAUACCUGCUCAUGCUUUUAUUCACAUUACCAGUAGAACUUACCUUACUUCAGAUUUAGCUUUCUAAAGUAUCGUCCUCUGAAUUUGUGGUGUGUUUUUCAAAUGACCUCAAAAACUGCAUAGUUCAAACACAAUGUCCCCGUUCCCUCCGAUUUGUAGUUUUGUUUGAUUGUUGAGUUGAGUUUCUAUUAAUCUGUGUAUAAGCAGAACGCAUUUAAGCUUUCAUCCUGGUUUCACACUGGUGCUUUCCAAAUGCAAUCUGAGGAACUGGAUGCACCAUUCGUCUGGUGCCAGUUUUUAAAAGCUUGUUCUAAAACUGGUGCCAGUUUUUAAAAGCAUCAAGUGAAUUUUGCUAAAGCUACUCUUCAUGGAAGAUCAUACUUCCAAGUACAGUGGUACCUCAGGUUAAGUACAUAAUUCGUUCCGGAGGUCCGUACUUAACCUGAAACUGUUCUUAACCUGAAACACCACUUUAGCUAAUGGGGGCCUCCUGCUGCCGCCGCGCCGCCGGAGCCUGAUUUCUGUUCUUAUCCUGAAGCAAAGUUCUUAACCUGAAGCACUGUUUCUAGGUUAGCGGAGUGUGUAACCUGAAGCGUAUGUAACCCAAGGUACCACUGUACCUACAAGAACACCACUCAGGUGCAACAAGUGGAACCCGGAAAACAAAUUAGAUUUUUUUAAAACGAUUUUUAAAAAUAUAUUUAACAAAGAAAUAAAAUGGAGAGAAGCACAGGAAGGGAGGGGAAAUGAGGAAACAAAGGACUUCCGGGGUGGCGCCUCCGGAAAAUGGCGGAAUUCCCUUCAAGUUGAAGGGAACCCGCUGCACGGAAGCUUGGGUCCUACCGCUACGGCGCAGCGGGGACCCUUAAAAUCCACAGGCGGAUGAAGCCUGUGGACGUGGGACUCCAGCGGGCACCGUGAGCGCCUCUCCCUUGUGCAGGAGCCCGGUAACGGGCCCGGAGUGGGAGGUGCGUGGUGCUGUGAGUCGACUGCUUCUUUCGUGCAGCAAAGCCGCACUGCCGUUUCCGGAGAGCGCUGCCUUUUCCUGGGACAAUUUGGCAUCUAAAACAUCUAUCCGUGAGUACCUGAUCUUGGAAGAGCUGAAUUACUUUUAAGACUGGUGAAUAAAUAAAUAAAUUGGACUUGAAAUUGAAUUUAAUUGGGACUUGGAACGGAAGGUCUAAACAGGAAGUCAGCCUUCCGUUCUUUUGUUACGUGAAGAAAGCAAAGACAAAAUAUACUAAAGCUUGAAAAUUAAAUUCUGAGAGAACUAGAAUUCAACAUCUAAGAUUUCUGAACCCCUUUGACUGCAGGAGAAGAAGGGGUUGUUUUGAACUUUUAACCCUGCGGAAGUGAGUUUAAAACAAAGUAAUUUUCCACCGCCCUGAACCAGGAGCGGGCUGUCAGAACUGACGUUUUGAAGCUUGUCCAGCUCGACAGAUAGUUAAAAGAAAGGUAACAUUGUGACUCUACUGUUGCCUCUUGAAUUUUGGAGGGGGAACUUUGGAUAAAGUGUUUCUGGAAAAGAAAGACUGUUGCUGAUGUUUUUCUCCUUUAUAAAAAAAAAGAAAAAAAGGUUUUCCCUCUAGUGGGAUUUAGUGAAACUGCAACGCAGAGAGCUUAAAAGUGAAGGACUAUAAUCGUGGGAAAGAAUUUUCUUUGACCUUGAAGGAUAAUGCUUGUACAAAGGCUUGAACAAAUGUUCCUGGAAGGUUUUUCAAAACUAAGUGCCCAGCUGGACCAGAUGCGUCAGGAGACGACCUUGAUGACGGAAGUUACCAGAGCACAGCAGCAAGUAAAUGGAACUCAGUUAAAAUAUUUACAAGUAUAUGAACCUGCUGUAGUGAUGGAGGCUUCAGAGAUGGAGGGACCUUUGGACCGGCAGGAUCAGCCUUUGAACUUGAUAAAUGAACUUGGGAUAAAUCAGAUUCGGAAAGAUGAAAUGUGGUUAGAUUUGGAAAUGGGGGAUGGAUUGACCCCCCUUUAUAUGGUUAUCUGGACUUUCCGAGUCUGGUGAUGGGCCAUCAGAGGAUUGGAGUAGUCGGAGCCUCCAAGUUUCAAGGAAACUUGAAGUGGUAUUAUCUGCUGUCUGGCUUGGACAAUGGGCAUGAGAUGGACUUGCUGCAAAGGGUCAAAAGUAUCUUUCUGCUGGAGUACCCACGACUGAAAGGGAAACAUCAAGAAGAGCUGCGAAAGGGGCAAGAAAGAGAUUUGAGGGCCUCGGACACGAGACAACCAGGUUAAGGAGUCGGACUAUUGAGGUUAAAGGACUGACAAUCCCGGGUCCAGGGGAGGGCGCUGGAAGUUGACUGGAUUGUGUCUGACUUAUUAUUUUAUUUUAUUUUUCUAUUUUUCAAUAUUGGGAACGUUCAUAAAUGUUUGAAAGAUGUUGAAUGAAAUUAUAUGGCUUAAGUAAUGAUUGGUAAAUGAUUUGCAAAAAGGUAAUGAUGUAAGAAUUUGGUAAAUACUGAAUAUAAGCUUUGAGUUUUAAAGUUUUUAUAUGACAAGAGGGAAAAUAGAAUAAGGAAAUGUAAUGAUAGAAUGUUAUGAAAAACAGAAAGGAUUUGCUGUAAAAAUUAAAAAUUAAGAAACAAGAGAGGGAGGAGGAGGAAGUCUAGAAAGGAAGUUAACAGAGAUCGUAAAUGAAUUUAUACUUUUGUUUUUCUUUUUUCUUUUUUUCUUUAUGGUUGGGUUUUUUCUUUUUAUUUCUUUAUCAUUUUUGUUUUUUGUAUUUUCAAAUUUUUUUGGAAAUUUUUGUUGUUAUUCUUUGAAAACUUAAUAAAUAUUAAUUAUAAAAAAAAAGGAAAUGAGGAAACAAAGAAGGCUGCAGAAGGGUUCUUGGACCCAUCAGAGCAGAGCUCCUCUCUCCCUAAGCCAGACGGAAGCUUCCUGGGCUUUGGGAAGGAGAUGCCAAGGGAACAUUUAGAGGACUAGCCUUGUCGCCCCAGCCCACUGACCGCACGCCAAGACUAGUAUUGUGUGUUUGGACUAUUGUAUUUAAAGGGAGUUUCUUAUUUGCUGCCUGGCUUUCAAAACAAACAAACAGAUCUCUGCGUGAGAUGUCAAAAGUGAACUUGCAUCUUUAAACGCCAUGGGGAUAAAAGGGAGCCUCAGCAACAGGUGCCGCCCGCAUCAGAAAAGUGAUAAGGGUGCAGAUGAGACUCAGGGCAAAGAAGUAUGGGAGCCCCUGCUCUGGAGGCUUUUAGAUUAAUAGCCUGGCAGCAAUCCAGCCCAGAUAGCACAGUACAUCAAUAAGGCGAUUUGUAACCCCAGCACCGGUCGGAACAUGUGCAACUUCACUCGAGAAUUAAGUUAAGAGGAGACUUGCUCAUCUGUAAUGAAGCCCUGACAUACACACCUUGUGAUGUUGCUUCCCUGGAGGGGAGGGGAGCUGAGGUCUGGAGAAUAUGUUUAUUUUAGUUCCAGUGUUCCAGUGUCAAUGCUGGACUGUCAACCUUUAAGUGCAUGUGUGUGUAUGUAGCUUGCAAAGCACUUCACUGUGGGAAGAGAGAGAGAGAGAGAGAGACAUGGUGACCAUUUUGUGAGCAUCCCAUUGAUGCACAGGUUCUUUUGGACUUCCUGGAAAAGGCUGUAAUGGUGAUGUAACAGGGCAGAGUGGGCGUGUUGAGGGCCAGGAACGGAACCCCCAUGUAAAAUUGUCGCCACCAAUAUGAAUGAAUCAUCCAUGUUGUAAGGUCCUCAGGGGUCAUCUAUUCCAACCCCCUGCAAUGCAGGAACCCACGACCCUGAGAUUAAAAAUCUCCUGCUGUAGCGACUGAACCACCCCAGACCGUGUGUGAGGUAAUGCCUUCCUUCCUCAAUUGUGCCUAUUCAACGGGUGAUCUGGAAUCUCAAACCUAACCACAUUCUCUCGCCAUGGCGUAUAAUAUUUUCUCGGUUGUUCCUAUUAUUCACAGUCUGGCAGUGUCGUUCUUAGGACCAACCAAGACGCCAAAAAGUAGUGAGCAAGUUGUUGAGUUCACAGAACCCUGCAUCAGAGGAAGUGAAGGGUGGAGGAGAUGAAGAGAGAGUUUUCCCACUCCCAUUUUGGUGGACGCUAAUAAAAGUAUUGAUGGAGCAAUACGGCUUCCUCUGCUUUUAUACAUGUUUUUUUGUGAGCUUUGAAAGUGGGAUUGCAACUGACCGUUGAUGUUCCAUGGGCAAAAUGGUUAAAGACUGGAAUAUAAAUGAUGUUAAAUAAAUAAAAUAAAUGAGAGCUCUUUAAGGAGCAAGAUUUAAGCGGAAUGUGUACUAUACCACCUACAGCACUGUUGUUGUUUUCCCGUAGGAGAACCCACAAAAAACCACUUCUGGUUUAGUAGCAUCCUUUUAUAUUUAUUGUUUUUAUUAUUACUACUCCUUUUUCCUUUUCUUUUUCAAAUUUUGCAAACCCAAAGAAUUUUGCGCCCAGGGCAACCGCCUCUGUGGUCUCGCUCACAUUGUUCCUUGUUCUCCUUCUGCUAGCCAAUGAAGUCUGUUUUAUUCCAGCAGGCUUCUGAGAUCUGACUGUUUUUAAGGAAAGGUCUUUUCAUCGUGUUAUGUUGUUGCUGUUUUUUCUAGACAUAUUAGAUUUUCUAAAGUUGUUUUAGAUCAUGUUAAUUCUAUUAUAGCUUAAUUACUUUUUAACUACUAUCUUUUACAUGUUUCCAGCUUUAUGUGUUUUAUCCAUGCUUGUUUUAAUUUUUGUGAGCUACCUUGAGUCCCUUUUCUGAGGAAAAGGCAAGAGGGAUCAUCAUCAUCAUCAUCAGAAAGGUGAUCAUUUAGGUGUUGGGGGUCCCAAGUUGUACAAUGUUGUUUUGUUAAUAUAUACUCUCUUGAGCGAAUGAUAUACUUGAUAGACUUCUACAGUCUAUAAUAUAGAAGUCUAGGUGAAAUUUUAAAUGCAUAUUGGUGGAAGGCAUGGAUUGCCUAGUUCUAGACGUACAGUGGUACCUCGGGUUACAUACGCUUCAGGUUACAGAAGCUUCAGGUUACAGACUCCGCUAACCCAGAAAUAGUACCCCGGGUUAAGAACUUUGCUUCAGGAUGAGAACAGAAAUCGUGCUACGGCAGUGCGGCAGCAGCAGGAGGCCCCAUUAGCUAAAGUGGUGCCUCCGGUUAAGAACAGUUUCAGGUUAAGAACAGACCUCCUGAACGAAUUAAGUACUUAACCCGAGGUACCACUGUACAGUUAAUACCCUGGGAAAGUGUGUCCGUAUUUUGCUUUCUGACUUCCUUCUUUUUCGGUAUGACCUUGUACUGUAUAAACAGGUUUUCCACUUGAUACUGGAAACAAAAGCUUUAUUUGUUCAAAAUAAUGGACUUUGGCAAUCUCUUUGCUGGCCAAUGAGACUCUCUAAUCCACCACCGUAAUCCGAAAGGAUUGAUGGGUGUAACUACUUGAAGAAACACUCCAGCCUGCUGUCUUAACAGAUCAAGAUCAUCAUCAUUCAAUUAUAUAUGUUCGAAGCUAUCGCUGACCGUUUCUUCCUUUUUCUUCCUUUUUCUUUUUAAGAGUUUUUUAAAAAGCCGACCUAAAAAUAAAACAGAAUUGGUGUUCUCUCUUCUCCCAUCACGCUCCUCCUGCUUGCUUCUCUAACCAGUGUCAGUUUCACUAAGUGCACACAGGAAGUGAGUGGCACACAGGACGACAAAACCUGAUUUGGCUCAAGGUGCCCUUUGCCAAGUCGUGGCCUGGCUUCCAAAGCAUAUCAUUUCCAGGCUGCCCACGUAUGAAAACUCCGGCGACCAAAAUGUCCUUACAACAUUGCGGGUCGCUAGCUCUGCAUCUGCCCUGGCAACAGGAAAGAUCACUUGGCAGGUGGUUGUGUGAGACGAGUUGCCGCUUCUCCAGGGCACAGCUGUGUGCUUUGCUACUGAACCUGACAUUCUAGAGAAGUGGUGACAGUGAAUGGCUGCUUCCCCAAUAUUGGGGUGGGCAGCAGUUACAGCCUGUCACGCCAAGCCCCCACCAACACAGAAGAAAAGAUCAAAACACUGUUUCUUGCUGCAGCUUUCUUAAGGAUGGCUGUUUGCCAUCUACAGGGAAAUCCUUGCCUUUAGUAAAGAGAGAGCAGAAGACAUAACCGUGUUCCUACGGUCCAUUGCAUGCUAAAGCUUUGGGGUGGCUUUCAAUUAGCCAUUUCCUUUAGAGAAGGUUUCCUGCCAACCUAGCUGUUCGAAAGCACGUCAAAAGUGCAAGUAGAUAAAUAGGUACCACUCUGCGGGAAGGUAAACGGCGUUUCCGUGCGCUGCUCUGGUUCGCCAGAAGCGGCUUAGUCAUGCUGGCUACAUGACCCAGAAGCGGUAUGCUGGCUCCCUUGGCCAAUAAAGCGGGAUGAGUGCCGCAACUCCAGAGUUGGUCAUGACUGGACCUAAUGGUCAGGGGUCCCUUUACAUUUAGAGAAGGUUAAUCGGAUGCUAAUACUGGAGGGAAAAAUACUGGAUUUACAGAACUUCUGGUGUCUUUUUUCUAUCCUGAUUUCACUAUCAUGGAUGUUGAAAAACAGUGUUUUUCUACUGAAAGGCAGGCAAGGAAGAUUAUUUUGUUUUAUUUAAAAUAAUUGGCAGACAGAAUUCAGCAAAGAGAGGAAUCUAUCCACUAUUAGCUCCCUGGAGGAAUUGGGAAAAUGUGCUCAGAAAGUGAAUUUUGUUCCCAUCAUCUGGAAACUACUUUUUCUCUUGGGGUUUAGAUUGCCAAUAGCGGUAUUGGCUUGGGGUAGAAAUUCUCAGCUGUAAAUUGGCUGUCACACAGAAGUGAGCCAAAACACUAAUUGUUUUCAGUAGCUGACAGUUUGAACUGUGAGUAAUGCUUUACAAUACAGGCUGGUAAUUUUAUAACAUAUUUUCCCACCAAUAACUCCUCUUUGUUCUACUAAGUUUCUUUUCUGGCAGACCAGUCCUUUUCAUACAUUCAUAUACAGAUACAUGUUGAGUAUCAGAUUACGUUAGAAAGCUAGUUCAGUUUUCUUCAUGUGUGUGUGUGCAGGCUCCAAUUCUGGGGUGAAUGCAUCAAAUUGCCUCUUAUGGAAGGAAAAAAUACCUGGCGUGUGCAUUCGUUCUGUCUGUACCCCAGACAAAGCAAAUCAAGGUGAUUUGAGGCAGACUCUCAGAUUUGCAAGUCAGGUUGUGCUGUUAACUAUGAUGCCCGAUACGUACAUCCAGUAGGUCUGUUGCCUCUGUUUCCCCCAAAAAAGUUAAAUGUGCUACCUUCCCCAGCUCCCCCCCGCCCCAUGAAUUGAAACCAUUUCUCUGGGGAAACCCCCACAACUUGAGAGAAGGGGAGGGUAGAGAGGCUGGUGGGAGUUCUUUCAUUUUGAUGGACAAUUCUAGCUUUUAAUCCCAGUGGGUGGUUUUCCAAGGCCACUCCAAUCACAGUGCUUUGUGGGGAAGCAUGUUGAUGCAAAUAAGUAGCGAUGUUUGCACACUGGUCAUAAUUAUGUACGUUUUGGUUGUGAGAGCUGGGUAUUAGUGGAAUUGGAUUGUUGGGCAUGCAGGCCUGCUUCUAUCCUAGCCAUCCUGUCCCCCCCCCAAAAAAAAAACAGUUAAGAAGUUCAGGCUCAAUGACCUGGGUCUGUACUAAGAAACACCCAAGAUUCCUUCUCCAUCUAAUAUCUGUAAUAACCAUAUUCCAUUGGUCCAUCAAAAUUUAUGUCCACUGAAACCGCAAAUGUUAAUGACUCUUACAUUGUUUAAUAAACAUGAUUUUAUUGUCUGCAGAGCUUUUGUCUCUGCGGCAGCUGGAGUUGUAUGUUCCCACCCCGAAUUCUUUGAAGCCUUGUAGAAUUAAACAGUUUUUUUCUACUUCGAAGUGCAAUUCUGAAACCUGCAAAAGUUGAACCAAAAAAAGAGAAGGCUACUGUUAAGAUACAUCAAAAAGUUUUUGAUUUUUUUUAAAAAAAAAUAUCCUCACGUUAGGAAUAUAACUGUUCCAGUAAAACCACCUGGCAGUUCUUUGAGUUGCAAGGUAAAGAGGAUAAUCUUACUAACUACAGAGCUGUUUUCUUAAUAGCAAUUAGUUGUUGCAGGUGCUAAACUGAAGAAGCUCUGAGCCUAUUGAGUUGCACACUUCCUCCCCACCCAUCCAAGAAACAGUCUAAGUUAUAUUUUGCCUCCUCUGCCUUCCUUAUCUUCACCCCUUACGCUGAGUACAUGCAUAAUAGUGAAUGCUGUGGUGUGGAAAUUUCAGUUAGCUGUAUUUGUGAAUGGUUGCGUUUAUCAUCCUCUGUCCAAAGAAUAUCAUGGUGAAUACUGAGAGCUGGGCCAUUUUAUCAGCAACUCUGUGAUGUAGGUGACUAGUCUAAGGCUCUCUAGUAACCGUAGUUACCAAAUUUCUAAUCCAAUGUCUUCCUGAUACACGUCCAAUGGCCUGUCAAAGGCUCCAUGCUAAUUCUCCAUUGUGUUAUAAUUUCUUAAAAAGAAGUGAAGCCAAAACUUAUUUGAAAUCAUUUUUGAUAUUACAAGUGUAAAGUUGUAACAAUACCAAGUACAUAUCCGUAUAUAGAAAUUUCUCUGAAUCUCAAGACUUCCCACCAUCCCCUCCAAUGGUCCUAUUGUCAACAUUUUCAACUGCAUAUUAUUUCAUAAUCUAUAUUUUGUAUCUGUUCAUAUUGUCAAUAGUGUUUGAUACAUUACAAGUGAUAUUAGAAUCCUGCUAAUGUUUUCAUCUGCUUACAAUGGUCUCCUAAAUAAAUUAUAAUUUUUUCCCAUUUGUUCUUAAAGUUUUUGUCUUCUUGGUUUCUGAGCUUUCUGGUCAGUUUUGCCAUGUCGGCGUAGUCCAACAGCUUGAUUUGCCAUCCCUCUCUGAUGAGGACUCUUUCUUCUUUCCAUCAUUUUCAGUAUUAUUUUUAUUUUCUACUUAUUUUGUUGCCGUUUACAUUGCUGAUAUUUUACAGGAAUUUGUUCUGCUUCUCAUCUGCCUGCAAAAGAUGGCUAUUUCAAAUGUCACGCAGGUGAAGCACUCUUGAAUGUAGGCACCCAGUGCAAAUCAUUUCGGUCUUUGCUAUGCCAGGAUGUUGAAUUGCAAAUGUAUUUUUAUUCCCCGCUGCCGCCUCCUUUGUAGAAAGUACCACAGACUACUCUGUAGUGAGUCACACAUUCAUCAACUAAGAAGAAACUGACGGUCUGAUGCCUGGUAUUGAAAGAGAGGAAGCGUAUCAUAGAUAACAAAGCUCAAGAAAGGAGAGGCAGCAAAAAUAAAACCGCAGCUCCUCAUCUUUAGAGCAAAUUUAUUAUUACAAAGACGGGAGAUGAGUUACGGGGAAGCUGCCAGACAAAUAUUGGAUGCUAAAGGCCAUGCUAGUGGAAAUAAAGCAUUUUAAAGGCAGUCAACUCUCAUACAUUACUCUCUUUCGUCAGGGUUGCCUUGGCAGGUUCCUGGGACAGCCUUAUCAGAGCCAUUGGCGUGGCUACAAAUAAGGUUCCAUUAUGUGAUCAUAUAUGGAGAGGGAGAGAGGGUUAUAGAAUGAUGUCCUAAGUGCGUUUGUUCUCAUUACAGUUUAUUUCCUGCUCUUCAAUGAAUUCAGGGUGGAAGGCAUUUUAGAUCGCUCUCUCCUUUUUUAUCCUUACAACCUAUCAUGUAGAGUGGGAGAUAACAAUUAGCCCAAGGUCCACCCAGUGAGUUUCAUGACUAAGUGGGAAUUUGAACCCGGGCUCUACUAGUCCUAUCUCUCCCCUAUAAGUACUAUACUGUCCUUAGUCUAGUAUCAUGUGGUUUUGUCAAAUAGGUGGUAGAGGCUGUUCUAAUUCUUGGUGGGUCUCCCUUCCAAGCUUUGCAAGUGAAGACAAAUUAAUGCAAAUCAGCUUUAAACAAAAACCCUGAAAUGAGUUGUCCAGUUCUGGUCUAUAGAUUGGUCCUAUGGAAUUAAAUCGUAAGCAAAUUUAGAAAAGAAGUGCAAAGUUUGCUUUAUUUAUUUUGUUCAGCAUAUCUUUAUCGUUUCACCCAACUUGGAACUCAAGGCAGAAAACAUGGGGUUUGAGGGCAGUCUCCCAGUGAGGUAAUGACCCAGACCAGCUUAGUUUCUGCAAGGUUUGCCGAAUCCUGCAACUUCAGGCCAUGUCCUAGGAAAUGCACUGCUUCUUCUGCCUGCCAGUGAUUCCAGUGUCCUUGCCUUCAUUCACCGAGAAUGCUGGGUACUAGUUUACUAUUUAAAGCGGUUAAGAAGAAAAGUUCCUAAAUGGUAGUGGGGCUGUGUUUUCUUCACUCUACUUUUAAAAUCUACUUCAUGAGAUUUAUGAGAGGUAGUAUUUUAGUUAGGCCACAUAAAGGAUUGUUAUUAGCUGGGACAGGAGGUAGUUCAAGGCAUCUGGCAGAAGUUCAGUGGCUUUGACAGGCAGAUGUGCUCUCUGGGGCAGUGUAUCUGAGGCGGAGUUAAGGGUCGGGGAUUACUUCAGGCUUCGGGAGCAAAGAUUGGUUCUGAGCCAAACUGACUGAACCCUGAGUCAGGGCUGGACUAUGUGGUCUCAGAUCUAUCCGGAUAAUUAGGCAAAUAAGAAAGCUAUGAUAGAGAGAGGAGGAUAGUGAGAGUCUAAAUGAGCAGCCAGAUCCUGUUUUGUUUGUUUUUAAAGAAAAUGCAAGUACAGGAAGCCCACAACUUACACACAUUUAUUUGUGCACAAUGAAUGAAUGAAUGAAUGAAUGAGCAUCCCCCCCAAAAAGAUCCCUGGAACAUAACCCCCAUGUAAGUUAAGGGCUUACUGCAACAGUUUAGUUUUAUGGAUAAAUACCAAGGUUAAGGUAUGUGAAUGACUAUGGCAGCUAUAAUGGAGAAUAAUUGGGUUCAGAAGAGCUGGGAGGAGGCAUCUAUCCUAGAAAACCUUCCAGUGAGGACGAUUUCAACACCACUCACUUCUUCUCACUUAUUUUCUUCAUUAGUGAUCAGGCAGACGCAGGGCGCCCUGCUUUUGUCUUGCAGCGUGUGGAGUUGAAUCCUGUGCAGCUCUGAAAUUUGGUGUAUAAUAGCGUGACUGAGGUGUACGGACAUAGGAAUCUGCCAUAUACAAGAUCAAACCAUUGGCCCAUCUAGCGCCAUAUUGUCCACCUAGCAAUGGCUCUCAAGGGUCUCUGGCAGGGGCCUUUCCCAUCACCUUUUGAAUUGGAGGUAUCACAGGUUGUGCUGGGACUUCUGCAUGGAGAGCAUGUGCUGCGUGACGGUCAUUCCCCUGAACCUGGAAGUCCCCUCUGUUGGUUUAUUAAGAUGUAGGUGUGCAUAACAGUGUUGACCCUCUAUGAUGCCAUCCUUCUCCCUUUAAAUCCUUUUCCUGUGAAGCCUGUAGCUGUAGUCUGUAACUUGUCCCUAACUAAACUAAAUCCUAAGUAUGUGAACUGGCACAGGUUCACACCUCUCAUUUCCUCUGCCUUCCUUUCUCCCCUCUUGUUGUGUUUGUGUCUCCCUACUGUUGAAAUACGGGACACGGGUGGGUUAAACCACAGAGCCUAGGACUUGCCGAUCAGAAGGUCGGUGGUUUGAAUCCCCGCGACGGGGUGAGCUCCCGCUGCUUGGUCCCAGCUCCUGCCAACCUAGCAGUUCGAAAGCAUGUCAAAGUGCAAGUAGAUAAAUAGGUACCGCUCCGGCGAGAAGGUAAACGGUGUUUCCGUGCGCUGCUCUGGUUCACCAGAAGCGGCUUAGUCAUGCUGGCCAUGUGACCCGGAAGCUGUACGCCAGCUCCCUCGGCCAAUAAAGCGAGAUGAGCGCCACAACCCCAGAGUCGUCUGUGACUGGACCUAAUGGUCAGGGGUCCCUUUACCUUUACUGUUGAAAUACAGGCUUUCAGCUCCUUGUUACUGGUGCAUGCCUUUUUUUUCUUUCUCUUAUGUUGCCCUUUAAAGCACCAUGUACCGGUACAUUUGAAUGUGCUGAAUGAAUCAUCACCGUCAUUGUAGCUGAACCAAAUCCUCUGCAACGUAUCAGAGAUGCGGAAACAUUGCAGAAACAGGAGAAAGGGGGCAUUCGUACGAAGCACAGCCAAGAGUCACUGCCUCUCACUUUUAUUUGUAAUGUUUCUUUUGAACCUGCAGAAGAGAAUGAUCAAGGACAGCUCCGGAGAAAGCGCACCCGAAGGAGGAAACGGAAGAACGUUUUGCAAAACCCGGAUAAUUUACACGGAGGCCAAACAAAGUGUGGGAAGCAUGAAAAUCUGAUUGAAGAUAAUUUACAGCUGCGGCACACAGACGGCGCAAAUCUAAGUCGAAACAAAAAGAGGAAAAUUAAAAAGAAGCGGCAAAAGGAAAAGAUGAGAGCAGCUGGUUUGCUGACAAAGCCAACUGGUAUAGAUUUCACAUAUAAGCCCGAGAGGGAGGAAAGAACCGACUUUGAAGAGGCAGAUAGCAAUGUAGAUGGCAUUUUGGAUUUUUUGCAAGCAGCACAAGAAAUCUAUUUCUCUGACAGUAGGUACAUUUCCUCCAUAUCGUCAGUAACUUUGAGUUGGAGAAAUAAAUGUAUGUUGACUCUUUCACUGUCUUGUGCCCCAAACCCCAAAGUGUAGAUCUCUUCUAUGGAAUGAAUUUUUAACUUGCUGUCCUGAGGCAACUCUGCUGGGGACAUAACAGGAAUAUGAAAAAAAUGUGGGCUCAGUGACAGCCCCUUAUACAGUACCCUCAUCAUAAUAGCCAAUAAUCCGGCCCAAUUUAUUGGUAAUAAUGUCUUCAUAAUAGCAAAUGGGAAAAUAUAUUUACAGCACUUUUGCUUCUGUUGGAACAACCAAGUGUUUCGGUGGAAGGGCAACUGUCUUCAAAGCAUUUUCUCUACAAAAAACCCUGUCUUUACAGCCCAGUGCAUGUUUACUCUGAAGUAAGACCCACUGGUUUCAGUAGUGCUUGCUCCCAGGUGAAUAUGCAUAAGAUUGCAAUCUUAGUCUGCAUUCCUAAUCCCACUUACCCUGGGAGUAAACCCCAUUGAAUUCAGUAUAACCUUUUUCUGAGUAGAGAUGGUUAGGAUUGCACCGUGAGUGGAUCACACAACCAGAAUUAUAUCCUAAGUCCAGGUAGCCAAUGUGGUGCCAUCCAGCUGUUACUGAACUAAAAUGUCCAUCUUUCCUGACCAUUGGGCCAUGCUGGCAAGAGAUGAUAGGAGUUUAAUUCCUAACAACAUAUGAAGGCCACCGUGUUGGCUAAGCAGACUUAAAAUAAGUUUCAUUGAUGUCAGUGGAAUUUAUUUCUACGGGCAUGAAUUAAACACUGACGUUGCUCAUUUUUCUGUAUAACCCAGUGACAAGAAAGGCUUGACUUGAAACUUGAAGCAACUGGGCAAUGUCACAGAAUAUGAUUUCAUCCUAUGAUUUUAGACAGACACGUUGAGAAACUUCCAAGGCCCUGUGCUCAGAACCUGUCAUACAGUGACCACUUCAAAUCCAGACUAUAGUGGUACCUCAGGUUAAGUACUUAAUUCGUUCCGGAGGUCCGUAUUUAACCUGAAACUGUUCUUAACCUGAAGCACCACUUUAGCUAAUGGGGCCUCCUGCUGCUGCCACGCCGCUGGAGCACAGUUUCUGUUCUCAUCCUGAAGCAAAGUUCUUAACUUGAAGCACUAUUUCUGGGUUAGCGGAGUCUGUAACCUGAAGCGUAUGUAACCUGAGGCACCACUGUACAUAGAUGCCACCCCUCAUGGCAAACUGUUUAUGACUUAGUGGUUGUGCAGACAGAUCUACAUAUUUUCUUGCACCAUUGCAAACUACAAGUUUAAAACCGCACAGCUUGAACGACUAAGGGUGGUAACGGUAGAUGAUUGAAAGACUGGGGUGAAAGAGAGCAAAAAGUGACAUGACGUAAUGCUGGAAGGAAUUUGCUUUUACGUUUGCCUUUCAUCCCUGCUACAAUAGAUAACUCUAAAGCUACAAAUAGCUGUAGUUGGUUAUCUUGUUCCUAAGUCAUGGUCAGUCUCUCCUCUGGUUUUGCUUCGGUAUACAAUGCCGCCAGAAAUUUUCAGCCUGCCAUAUUGCCAUCAUUACCAUAGCUACUAUCUCAUUCGUUUUAACAAGCGGUAAAUGGCUUGUCACAGUGGUCACUUGCACACUUAACAAAUAUUUAAGGCACUUGUCUUCAUCCAAAGAAUCCUUGGAACUUUGUUAAAGCUGCUGCAAAUUAUAAAAUACAAUUCCCAGGAUUCUUCGGGGGGGGCAUGUUUGUUAAGUGUGCUUUUAAGUGCCUGGGAUGGAUGUGACAUGCAUUAUAACACAUCUGUUUUAAGAGUUGCAAAUCAAAAUAAUCCAGUGAUGUUGAAAAGUAAGGGUAGUUAAUCAAUAACUACAUAAAUAAAGAGGAAACUUUGUAAAUGAACUUCUCUCUCUUGUUCUGCUUUUUUUCUUCCAUUCCCCCCCUCCCAGACCGAUCUAAAUGUGCAGAGUCAGCUGUGAAUUCAGAAAGCGUUCAGGAGAUUUUACAGAGUCUUGAAUCUCGCAGCAUGCCUUUGUCAGACGUCACUCUUUUGCGUGAGAUGACAUCUCCUGUGUUUCUGCAGGAUGUAGAGAAACUCAAGGGGGCCGUGGAAGAGUUCCACACUAAGUCAGUGAUGCCUCCCGGUAAGUUCAGUGCACACAAAGGUGCUGUUAUUGUUCCUUUCCUUGAAAACUAGGAUGCAGAAUUUAAUAAUAAUAAUAAUAAUAAUAAUAAUAAUAAUAAUAAUACCCUGCCCAUCUGGCUGAGUUUCCCCAGCCUCUCUGGGCGGCUUCCAAUCAGGUGUUAAAAACAAUACAGCAUUAAAUAUUAAAAACUUCCCUAAACAGGACUGCCUUCAGAUGUCUUUUAAAAAGAAGAUAUCUGCUUAUUUCCUUCACAUCUGAAGGGAGGGCGUUCCACAGGGCGGGCGCCACUACUGAGAAGGCCCUCUGUCUGGUUCCCUGUAACCUCACUUCUCGCAAUGAGGGAACCGCCAGAAGGCCCUCUGCGCUGGAUCUCAGUGUCCGGGCUGAACGAUGGGGCUGGAGACGCUCCUUCAGGUAUACAGGACCGAGGCCGUUUAGGGCUUUAAAGGUCAGCACCAACACUUGGAAUUGUGCUCGGAAACGUACUGGGAGCCAAUGCAGAUCUCUCAGGACCGGUGUUAUGUGAUCUCAGUGGCCACUCCCAGUCACCAGUCUAGCUACCGCAUUCUGGAUUAAUUGCAGUUUCCGGGUCACCUUCAAAGGUAGCCCCACGUAGAGCGCAUUGCUGUAGUCCAAGCGGGAGAUAACUAGAGCAUGCACCACUCUGGCAAGACAGUCCGCAGGCAGGUAGAGUCUCAGCCUGCGUACCAGAUGGAGCUGGUAGACACAGGCCUUGGACACAGAAUUAACCUGUGCCUCCAUGGACAGCUGUGAGUCCAAAAUGACUCCCAGGUUGCGCACCUGGUCCUUCAGGACCAGGUAGUCCCCCACACCUGCCCACUCCUUGUCCCCCAAAAACAGUACUUCAGUCUUGUCAGGAUUCAACCUCAAUCUGUUAGCCGCCAUCCAUCCUCCAACCGCCUCCAGGCACUUUUCCAUGCACAGGGAAAAUAUAUAUUUCAAAGGCAGUCUACUUUUUUGUUUCUCAGUCUGUGUGUAAAGGUAGUCUCAAGGGUGUCCAAUAUAGAGGGCUCAGUGGUGGCCCUGUUUUGGCUGUUACCCUUUCCUCUGCCCAUGACACAGUAAUACACAGUUCCAAUUAGAAAACUAAAUAUCACUGGCUGUGCAAAUGUAAGCAUGCUCAGAGGUGAGGCCUGUUGAGUUUAGUGGGACUUGCUCCAAGGUAGUAUAGGGUUGUAGCCUGAGCCUUUCGCUCGUGAUCUGGAUGUUUUGCAGCAAAACAUUUUACUCUGCCAAAUAAUUUUCUUUUCUAGUUGUACAUUUGCUGUCUUCUAACUUCAUGCAAGUUAGUUACCUUUUGGUGGAGGGGAAGACUAGGACUUACGAGAUAGCAAUCUGUGCGUUUUAUUUUCAAUUAAGAAAACAGAAGAGAAUAGCUGCAAGGCAUGGUUCACAACCCCCGUUCUUUCUCGUUCUCAUAAGGUGCACUGUUCUCCAUAAAUCCAACUGUGGCAUAAACACUCCUCACUCCUUACAGUGGUUUAAAGCAUCCAUUUAGAAUUCUCUUCACACCUCACUUUACCUCACUCUGAAAAUGGUUCACUGGUGUGUGUGUGCAGUACGUGUAAGGGAGAGAAGCAGAUAGAAUGAGAAAAUAAGACUCCUUCACCCCCGAAUUCCAGAUUUUUAAAUACUAUUUAGGAAGUCUCCAGUAAAAGAGGAGCAUGAAAAAACUUUGGUCAGGAUCCAAAGUACUGCAUAUGGUGUCCUGCACUCCGAAACUGACUUGGGUUUGUUCACAUCAAAUUAACAGGCUUCCGCAUUAAUAUGGCAGACCUGUUUUUAGACUGUGGCCCUGCCUGUAAUAUACAUUUAAAGCGUCAUUAUGCCGCUUUAAACAACCAUGGCUUCCCAGAAAGACACCUGGGGACAAUAGUUUGUUGAGGGUUUUGAGAGUUGUUAGGAGACCCACUAUUUCCUUCAUCAAACUACACUUCCAGAGUUUCCUUGGAAGAGGAAGUCAUUGUUUAACCACUGUAAGAACUACCGUAUUUUUCGCUCUAUAAGACGCACCCGACCAUAGGACACACCUUGUUUUAGAGGGGGAGAACAACAAAAUUCUCCCCCUCUCUGCGCAGCGCCCCUUCAGCGAAGCAGCAGGAGAAACGGAGCCCCUUCCUUUUCUCCUCCCGCUUAGCUGAAGGGGCGCUGCGCCUUAGCUGAAGGGGCACCUACCCUUGUAGAAGGGGAAUCUGGGACAAGCCACAAAUAAAAUGAUUGCUUAAUAGCUAUGGUAAAGCAUCUGUCUUGCAUUCAAUAGGGCUCAGGUUCCGUCCCCACCAUCUCCAGGUACAGUGGUACCUCAGGUUAAGAACUUAAUUCGUUCUGGAGGUCUGUUCUUAACCUGAAACUGUUCUUAACCUGAAGCACCACUUUAGCUAAUGGGGCCUCCUGCUGCCACUGUGCCUCCACUGCAUGAUUUCUGUUCUCAUCCUGAAGCAAAGUUCUUAACUCGAGGCAAUAUUUCUGGGUUAGCGGAGUCUGUAACCUGAAGCGUCUGUAACCUGAAGCAUCUGUAACCCCAGGUACCACUGUAUAUCUGAGAGACACCCCUUGCCUCAAACUCUGGAGACACUAGAUCAGGGUGGUUAAGCACAUAGCCCAAAGGCUGCAUGCAGCCCUUGAGACCAUUUUUGGCAGCCCUUGGCAACAUUUGAUGCCCUCACGCUGCCUUCUCAAAGCUGGCUCAGCGAGUCUCUGGGCUUUGGGAAUGAAGGAUGAGGGCUCUGACAAGGUCCUAGAGUCCACCUCUCUCCUUCCCAAAGCGUAGUUAGCUCUUCCCCAGCUUUAGGAAGGGGGUGGGAGAGCUCUAGGACUCUGCCACAGCCUCGCACCUUGCUGAGCUGACUCUGGGAAGGCAGCAUGAGGGUUGGAGGGGCAUGGAGGGUCUGUCUGGUUACAGGGAACCAGACAGAGGACCUUCUCAGUAGUGGCGCCUGCCCUGUGGAACUCCCUCCCGUCAGAUGUCAAGGAAAUAAGCAGCUAUCCUAUUUUUAAAAGACAUCUGAAGGCAGCCCUGUUUAGGGAAGUUUUUAAUAUUUAAUACUGCAUUGUUUUUAACACUCAAUUGGGAGCUGCCCAGAAUGGCUGGGGAAACUCAGCCAGAUGGGCAGGGUAUAAAUAAUAAAUAAUAAAUUAUUAUUAUUAUUAUUAUUAUUAUUAUUAUUAUCAUCAUCAUCAUCAUCAUCAUUAUCAUUAUUAUUAUCAUCAUCCAAUUUUGGCCUCACUCCCCCCCCCCCCAUGCAACAAGGCAGUAUGUGGCCUGUGGGUUCCCUUUUGAAGUACUCUUGCGGCCCACUUGGUAUGAAAAGUUGGACCGCCCUGGUGCAGAUAAUACUGAACUCGGUGGACCUGUGGACUGACUCCUAUGUCCCUAUGAUAGGCCAAUAACAAACGUACUGGCCAGAGGUAUGAAAGUCAGCCACAUGUUAUAUACUUACAAAGGGUCAAUAUUUCACUAGCGCUGAUGUCAAAGAGAACUUGAGUUGCUUUUUGAAAUCGUCAUAAAUAUAAAAGCUCGAAAGUGUAACAGCUACCGCUUCAAUUCAAACCACGUUAAAGGCCUAGGAGCAGGGAGGGCAGCUGUGGCACUACAUUAAUACAAAAGCUGAAUAAAUCGAAACCUUCCAUCACAAAUAUAUUCCAUUGGGAAAUGAUCCCUUUUCAAAAAGGAAAUCGGAUUUUCCUUGCUUUCCUUGUCGAGGGUUUUCUUGUUGUUGUUGAUUAAAACAAUAUUUCAAACAGCUGCUUCCAUUCAUAUUCUAAUAAACCAAAGCAGACUAGCCUGGACUCAGGGAUUAUGGGCCAACUGAAAAGGAGUCCCUUCUGGCAGCUACUUCAUGUAUUUCAGAACAUCUGGGAAAUGCAAUGCCGCUGUGGAGAACAGAAUAUCCCAUGCGGCUUUGUGGGGACCUAAGCAGUAGGGAUGAGGGUGGUGCUGUGGGUUAAACCACAGAGCCUAGAACUUGCCGAUCAGAAGGUCGGCGGUUCGAAUCCCCGCAACAGGGUGAGCUCCCGUUGCUCAGUCCCUGCUCCUGCCAACCUAGCAGUUCGAAAGCACGUCAAAGUGCAAGUAGAUAAAUAGGUACCACUCUGGUGAGAAGGUAAACGGUGUUUCCGUGUGCUGCUCUGGUUUGCCAGAAACGGCUUAGUCCUGCUGGCCACAUGACCCGAAAGCUGUACACCGGCUCCCUCAGCCAGUAAAGCGAGAUGAGUGCCGCAACCCCAGAGUCGGCCAUGACUGGACCUAAUGGUCAGGGGUCCCUUUACCUUUACCUAAGCAGAAGAGCAGUAGAAUCACCUACACUGAAGAGCAACAGGGACUCUUGGAAUUGGAUAUCUACAGAGCUUUUGAAAGUUUAUUUUAAGAAAGCAACUAAUUCAAUUUAACAUGUCCAAAAAGGAACUAAUCCCAUUCCACAUUCAUACCUUUACAAAAUUCAUACCUUUUGUUCCUGCUCAGUUCAUUCCUCAACACAGGUGCAUCCAGUGAUCCUCAGCCAUUUUUUAAGCAUUCAGAAUGUCACAAGCUGCUGUGCUGAAGUAUAAAAUAUACUUCAGAAUAAGAAAACUUUAAAACAUACACACAGUGGAAUGUGAAUUGUUUUAUUUUCCCCUCCCCCAACAAUUGUGGUCUCAAAGCUUAAAGGCCCAAAGAAUGUAAAGAUUUUAAAAACAACAGCAACAACCCAUGUAAUCAAAAGAACUUGAAGAUGAACUAGAAAUUGUUCAAGGUUCUACCCCAAAAUGAACUGAAUUCCCAUCCAGUUCAUCCAGCAAUUAUAGGAACUACUUUUGGAUGAAGUUUGGAGAUUUUUGAAGUAAUUGAACUUCGAUUCAUUCGAUUCAUUGAACUUCAGUAAACUAAAGUAGUUCAUUCCAAACACUGGAUAUCCAUAGCCUCAAGAGCAAAGAGGAUUUUGUUUAGUUUUGUUGUAAAGACAUUCCUUUUUCUAGUCUAUGGACUCCUUCAGCCACCACCAUCUCAGGGCGCCCUCUUCGCUAAAGUCUGCCUCUUAACAUUUGGGGGGGGGGGUUGUUAUUGUUGGCAAACAUCAAGUAAAAAAUAGCUUUCUCUCUUGUUGCCUAGGAAAUUAUCAACCACUAAAGAGCUAAAAACGUCUUCUGUCAAGAUCUUUUUUUAAAGAGCAACAAGUGCAGAACUGUCCUCUAAUUCUUUCCCCUCCAUGUACCUAUUCUUUCUCUCAGUCAGCAUACAGUAUUCUUACCUUCCACCUGUGAUGCACAAUCUAGAUUCUUCGCAUGCGCUGCAAUCAAGAAAAUAAAGCAAUGUGCAAAGAUGAAGAAAUCAAAGAGGAGGCAGCUUAAAAAUAAUUAUACUGCAGUAGUUAGCACUGCGGUAAACGCCUAGCCACAAUGUGGCUAUACUCUUGUUAAAUAUUUGUCCAAGAUGGGCAAAUACCGUAAGAAGAGCCUGCAGAAUCAGGCCAGUGGUCCAUAUAAGUUUACCAUAUUUUUCUCACAGUGGCAACCAGAAGGCUAUGAGAAGCCCUCAAGCAAGACCUGAGCUCAACAGCACCCACCUAUCCUGCGGAAGGCAGCAACUGGGGCUCAAGGGCAUAGCUAGUAGCCACUGAUAGGCUUUACUUUCAUGAAUUUGUCCAGUUUUGAAAGCCAUCCGGGUUGAUGGCUAUCACUGUCACCUAUGGAAAUGAAUUACAUAGUUUAGCUAUGUGCUGUGUGAAGAAGUACUUUAUUUUACCUGUCCUGAAUCUCCCAACAUUCAUUUUCAUUGGAUGACUAUGAGUUCUAAUGUUAGGGGAGAAGAAGAAAAACUUUUCUCCAUCCACAUGUGAAAUUGAGAACUUUUGCCACACCAUGCGUCACUGUACACUUGUUUACAUUGAAUUGCAUUUGCCAUUUUAUAACCCAUUCGCUCAGUUUGGAGGGUCCUUUUGGAACUCUUUGCAAACCUUUUGUUUUGCUUUGAUGACCCUGACCCUAUCACCAUCAGCAAACUUGGCACCUCACUCCUCAACCCGAACUCUAGAUUAUGAACAAGUUAAAAAGCACAGGUCCCUGUACUAAUCCUUAGAGGACUUCAAUCCCUACAUCCAUCCAUUGCGAGAACUCUCCAUAAAUUCCUUCUCUUUGCUUCCUACAACUUAAUCAAUUCCUGAUCCACAAGAAGGCCUCUCUUCUUAUUCCUUAACUCAAGAGUCUUGGGUUUGGCAGGUAUUUUGUUCAGAGGUUUUUGGAAGGCCAAGUACACAGAGCUAGUGAAAAGAGAACAGGAGAGACUGUUGUUAAGAGACAGAGAUUUCCAGGUGUAAGUUUAAGGAGUGCUGAGGACCUGGCCACAAGCUUGGAUUGAGCAGGGCAUACGGAAUGGGGAAGCUCAUGAAAGAGAAAUCCCCGCUCUCCAGAGCAGGUCUGGGGAGGGUGUAGGAGGCACACAGGAAGAUGAAAGUGAAGGGAAGUUAUGUUGUACAAAUGGAGAUCCUCAUGCUAUUGGAACUAUUUUGUUGGAUACAACCCUAAAAUUGUAAUAAAGGUCUUAUCCAAAGCUGCUCAUUUCAUUAAGUUCCUAUUUGGCUUAUAUAAAGUAAUUAUGCUUAACCAUUCAAGUCUGGAGUUAUCCCUGCUCAAAGCAACUCAUGUCACAGCUGCAACUGUUUAUUGUAGGAUUUUAAAUCUUGAAGUUUUUGCAUGUUUGUAGCUCCCAGGCAUAGGUGUCUCCCCCUCUCCCUUCAUAUUUCUCCAAAAUGGAAACAGAUGUCUACUUGGGUUUUUUUUUAUCAUUCGGAAUUUGUUUACUGAACACUAUCUUAUUGACAUUUCAUGAAGAAUUUGCUUUCUCCUUUGCAGAUCAUGCCAAGGCAAUCUCUUCUCUGUUUCUCUACUGGAUUACAGAUAUCCUUCCUGGAAAGAACAGGAAAUAAGCUAAAUGUACACAUCCAUCUGUACAGGGUUAAAAUGUAAUACAUAAGACUCUGAACUGUGUCUGAGAAUAUUCAGAAAUGGCAAGGCCAUUGAAGAAGAUUGCAACUUCACAAAAAUGUUGAGUUUUGUUUUCGUUUUUUACUUUUGUCUCUAGCCCCAAGUUAAUAUACAAUACUGCAAACUUCUUUUAUUUUAUAUAUUAUAGUUUAUGAAUAUAUAAGCACCAGUUUCCCCCUCACUGUAGGUCCUUCUUGAGAUUUUAUUGCAACUGAAUUGGUUCAUGCAAGGAAGACUCUUUCACGAGCUGCUUCAUAACUAUCAGAAUAACUUGGUGGCCAAAGCCAAGUGAAAAUGUACAGUGCUAUCAUUGUUUUUAUAUGAUAUUGUUGUUUAUAGAAUGUCAGAAUCCAUAUUUUUAUAUAUAAA